AUGCCGCUGAAAGUGUUUCACGCCUACUCUAGACUGCUGAGAUUCGACGACCGCGAGUCGAGACCCGCCAGACGCGCGACCGACAAACUGGCGGCCGUAAGAGAGGUCUGGGACGCGUGGUCCGAGCGGCUGCCGUCCCUCUACAACCCCGGGCCGUAGAUAACGGUGGACGAACAGCUGGUUCCGUUUAGAGGGCGUUGUCCCUUUCGGCAGUAUAUUCCCAGCAAGCCAGCGAAAUACGGGAUCAAGACGUGGGUGGCGUGCGACUCUAAAUCCAGUUACGCUUGGAAGAUGCAAGUGUACACGGGGAAGGCCGCGGACGCGGACGCGGCUGCGGGCCACGGCCCGGAAAAGAACCUGGGCAUGCGGGUCGUGCUCGAUGUCACCGAGGGACUGAGGGAUCGCAACGUCACCUGCGACAAUUUCUUCACCUCUUACGAACUCGGGCAGCAGCUGCUGAAAAGGAACAUGACCAUGGUGGGCACCGUUCGAAAAAACAAGCCGGAGCUCCCCCCGGCCCUUCUCUCGCCGAAGGGAAGAGCGGUGUUCUCGUCGAAAUUCGCCUUCACGUCGACCACCGCCGCGGUCUCUUACGUGCCCAAGAAAAACAAAAACGUGCUGCUGGUUAGCACGAAGCACACGGAGGCCGAAGUCAGCGACCGCCGCGACAGAAAGCCGGUCAUCAUACUGGACUACAACCGCUGCAAAGGAGGUGUCGAUAACCUCGACAAGGUGAUCGGAACCUACAGCUGCAGAAGGCUCGCUGGCCCCUGGUCGUGUUCCACAACAUCCUCGACGUUUCCUCCUACAAUGCCUUUGUGAUAUGGAGAGAACUAAACCCCGAAUGGAUGCCUCAGAAGCGGAACAAGAGAAGGGUGUUCCUAGAGCGGCUGGGAAAGGCGCUGGUGACUCCGUUGAUAGAAAGAAGGGAGCGUCUCCCUCGCACGGAAGCGUCAGCGGCAGUCGUCCGAGUCGUUCGUAGCGCCGCGUCUAGAUCUAGAACUCGCGGUGAGGGCGGGGGCGAGGACGCCGCCGGAGCGGCGUCGGGAGCGGACGGCCCGACCGGGGCGAGGAAGAGGAAGAGGUGUCAGUUUUGCCCGCGGGCGAAGGACAACAAAACUUCUACCGUGUGCAGCGGGUGUAAGAAAUAUAUCUGCAAAAGUUGUUCGCUCCCGUACUGCGCUGAGUGUGCCACUGAGAAUUUGGAGACGGGUUGAUCGCCGACACACGCACACACACACACGCACACACACGCACACACACACACGCACGCACGCACGCACGCACGCACGCACACACCAUGUGUGACCCCUCGAGACGUGGGAUGCGGUCGGUUGAACUGUCCGCAACCGGGGUGACUAGUUUUAGAGGCAGAGAGGCAGCCUGGCAGGACCGCAUCAGAAGAGGAAAUACUUACGACUUUCCAAAGAUGAAAAUGUCACGGGAACUGCCGAAAAGACACGAGAGCAUGAUGAACAGCGAGGACCCGGACAUUGAGGUUGUUGGUGGCGACGUGGGUAAAAAGCUACACUUUAACCCCGUUAGAGCGGCAGUGGCAUUACAGCUGUGCAGAAAGCUCAAGGUAGACUGUAGAAAGAGGUAUAGCAAAUUCACGGAUGUCUGUGAAUUAGGAGCUCCUUGUAAGAACGUGAAGAUUAAAAGCGACGGGAAUUGCUUCUUUAGGGCAGUCAGUGUAGCCGUGAGCGGUACCGAACGCCAUCACGGAAGAAUAAGAGAAGCCGUGGUGAAUCACUUGCAAAGCAAUGAAGCUGCGUACGCCAACAUUCUGAGAAGGGGUUACCUCUCGGUGUCGGACUACGUCGACGCAUCUGAAAUCGGCUCUCUAGGAAGUUGGGCGACAGAGGUUGAGAUUCAAGCGACGGCGGAUUAUUUGGGCGUCGACGUAUUCACGUAUUACACCGACCGUUGGCUUCGGUACAGUUGCGACAGCGUUCGGGUCUCUAAACAGGGGAUUUAUUUAGCGAAUAGCGGCAGCCAUUACGAGACCGUCGUUUGUGUCACAAGUCCUCCGAAGCGGUCUUGUCGCGGCUACUGCAAACUAGGCGUAGUUGCGUCAGACACGUACGAUUGUCUGACCUCAAAUUCUGCCUACGCCGAUUCUGCAUCUCGAUCCGAGAUUGUUUCGCCGUCACCGACAUCGAUUCGUCCGGAUAACACGGUGUCUGUGAAUGACGUCGACUACUGCGAAAAGGCGAGCGAUGAGCGCGAGGAGGGGUCCCGCCGCUCUGACGAGCGUCGAGCUGCGAGGGAUUUUUACCGAGAUGCCGACAGUCCUCGGAGCCGCUACGAGUAUGACAAUUACCGCAGUGAUGCCGCCAAGCUAGACGUCGGAGGACGCUUCGGCGAAGAUGAGGCCUGGGAGAAUAAUCCUGACGAAGAGCGUGACCGCUAUGGAUGGCUAUCAAGGAGACGUGUAGAAAAUUAUAUUAUCGUUGAAAAUAUGGAGCAUCGUCCCUACGGCGAUAGCCUUGUAACUCCGGGCGACGCGGAGGAUACCGCCGAAGCUGAUUUACCGCGUAACAGCGUUGCGGAUUGGCGUGAACUUUUCGACCGCUCUGAUGAGCGUCGAACUCCGAGGGACUGGGAGGGCACGAGUGACCGCGAUGCCGACUUUUACCGAGAUUCUAACAGUCCUUGGAGUCGCCGUGAGUAUGACGAUUACCGCAGUGACGCUGCGGAGCUAGAAGUCGAAGGGCGCUUCGGUGAAGAUGAGGCCUGGAGGAAUACUCCCGACGUAGAGGGCACGAGUGACCGCGAUGCCGACUUUUACCGAGGUUCUAACGGUCCUUGGAGCCGCCGUGAGUAUGACGAUUACCGCAGUGACGCUGCGGAGCUAGAAGUCGAAGGGCGCUUCGGUGAAGAUGAGGCCUGGAGGAACACUCCCGACGUAGAGGGCACGAGUGACCGCGAUGCCAACUUUUACCAAGAUUCUGACGGUCCUCGGAGCCGCCGUCAGUACGACGAUUACCGCAGUGACGCUGCGGAGCUAGAAGUCGAAGGACGCUUCGGUGAAGAUGAGGCCUGGAGGAACGCUCCCGACGAAGAGUACGAUUGUCGCGGCCUGCUAUCGGAAAGACACGUAGAAGGUGACGUUGUUGAAGACGAGGAGUGUUAUCCCUACGGCGAUAGCCUCGGAACUCCAGGUGACGGGGAAGAUACCGGUGAAGCUGAUUUGCCACGUGACGGCUUUAUGGAUCGGUCCGAACUUUUAAACGAUGAGAUCUGUAUCGCGCUGUGGGAUUGCGAGGAAGAAGUUCGAGAGGAGUUUGGCUCGAAUGACCGCUACGCAGCUACCUGCCGCUGGACCGAAUUGGAGGAAUCGUGGAAAUCGUUUGUCGGUUGGCUGGGUGAGCGCUGGUGGGGCUCGGUGUCGGAAGAGUCCGUCAGGACCUUCAUGGAUUCAUCCGAGAGACGUCGCGUCGGGGAUAUCGUCGUCUCGGCGUGCUUCGGUGACACGCCCGGGGGAGUUUGUUCUUUCACAGUGAAGACCGAAAGCGGCCUGCUGCCACUUCCUUUGCUUAUCCGUCGAAGACGCUACGUGUGCGCCGACUUGGCAGAAGGUGAUUUUUCGUGUCCGAUCGACAUAUUGAGAAAGCUGUCCCGUGAAACCUACACACACUUGCUCCCCCGACCCACAACGAUACCUUCCGAUCCCCAGAGCUUUUCUCUUACACGGGUAGUGGAUGAUAUGUGGAGCGUUUUAGAAUUGGUGAAAAGCGGAUGGAGUGACGUUUCCCGACCCCAUCGCAUAAUACAGUAUCUACAAAACAAGGAAGGACCCUCUGUUACGCCAGCGGCGUUAAUUUGCUGCGUAGAUGAUGACAGUCUGGGAUACCUGUUUGAGAUUAUAGACGCCAAGGGGAAGAGUCUGAAAGUAACAUUUGAUAAAUGGGGCUUCACGUUUGGAUCGGGUCUACAUUUCUCCGGACUCACAAGUCUGCUGUCACAUAUCUGUGAGGUCGAUGGAGUACACUUUGUGAUUAACUGUAGAUUCUUGCUCACUGCGAGCGAACCGGAGCGUCCGAUGUAAGACGUGUGUGUGUGUGUGUGUGUGUGUGUGUGUGUGGGGGGGGUGUAAAGAGUUUGCGAACUUGUUUUUUUUUCCUUCAAGUGUUUGUAUGAGCAUGCUUCUAUAGAAAGAUUUAGGAAGAACUGCCGCUGAAAUGUGCCUAAAAAUGCAUUAUUAUUAUUAUUAUUAUUAUAAUUAUUAUCAUUAUUAUUAAAAUGUGAAUUCGUGCUGUAGCUUAUGCUUGCUUACAUAUUCUCGCUUGCUCAAUAAAGAUGCGAAAGCUGGCAAUUUUGCUUCAGAUGAUGACUUUAUUUGCGCGCAUCACACCAUAGAUUACAACACAACAUUGUUUUAUGGCUAAAAGUCAUAAUAGUAGCUGUACCAAUCCUCAAAGGACAUCUCGUCAUUCAUCAUUAAAAUUCAACUUUGUCCUUCUGAUCAAAACAUCAUUGCUCAACAGUGUGGUAUCGGCUAGAGAUAUCAGGUCAUCUCUCGCCUCCCCUCCGUCUGCUCAUUAUUAUUAUUAUUAUUAUUAUUAUUAUUAUUAUUAUUAUUAUUAAUUUGUUAAUUUUAUUAUUAUUAUUAUUAUUAUUAUUAUUAUUAUUAUUAUUAUCAUUAUUAUUAUUACUAUAUGUGUGUGAGUAUAUAUUUCCACAUUGGGGACAGUGUGACCCCUAAGACGUGGGAUGCAGGUUUUUUUUUUUUUACUGUGUGAGGACUACAGGACUUUUCACCGGGUCAAAAAGACCCCAGUCAUCACUGGGUCAAAAAGACCCCAGUCAGUACCCCAGUCAGUGUGACCCCUGAGACGUGGGAUGCAGGUUUAUUUUUUUAUUUAUUUUUAUUUUUAUUUUUUUUUUACUGUGUGAGGACUACAGGACCUUUCACUGGGUCAAAAAGACCCCAGUCAGUGCGGACUGGGACAGUGUGACCCUUGAGACAUGGGAUGUAGGUCUUAACUUGAGGACAACAGGAGGGAUAAGGCAAUCCACCAGAAAUAUGCCUGACAGAAGUUCAGUCUCUUAUUGUAAGAAAAUAUUCUGGAUGUUAUUGACUCAAAGUAAUGCAGUUAGCGAGUUUGACUCUUUCUACGUGUUUACAUGAAGAGUAUAUAUAUUCUGUGUGUACAGCUGAUGACCCAUACUCUGAAGGAAUUUAAGGAAGACUGUUUGGCCAGUUGACUUUCUCAAAGUUUGUGAAAAGCAGUUCAGGCUUAGCUUGGAAACAGUACCAUGUAAUGUGCAGCACCCUAAAAAGCAUAAAUAAGUGAACUAAGUAACCCUCCCACCCUCACCCACCCCCCUCCUUAUUAUGGCUAGUGGUGGCUCUGGCAUGGCUCUGCCCCUAAGCUCAUUCCAGAGCUUAGGGGCAGCAGCGGCAAAUGCUCUGUCCCCUCUGAGCUUCAGCCUUGUACUGGGGACGGUCAGUAAAAGCUGAUCAGCUGAUCUUAGGGGUCGGGGUGGGCAAUAAGGCUGUAGCAUCUCCGAAAUAUAGGGUGGAGCAAGGUUGUUCAGGCCCUUAAAAACAAAUGCUAAAAGCUUAAAAUGAAUUCUGUACUGAACAGGGAGCCAGUGUAAGGACGCCAGGAUGGGGGUGAUGUGCUCACGCCUGCGGGUCUGUGUCAGGAGACGUGCAGCAGAGUUCUGCAUAAGAUGCAGGCGGGCAAGGGAAGCCUGGCUAAUCCCUACGUACAAGGAGUUGCAGUAAUCAAGACGGGUAGUGAUAAAAGCAUGGAUUAAUUUUUCCAGGUCAGGUCUUGAUAAAAUGGGCUUCACCUUCGCUAUUUGGCGUAGCUGAUAAAAACUUUUUUGUACCACCCCGCUGAUCUGCUUGUCAAAUUUAAAAUCAGGGUCAAAUUUAACUCCCAGAUUAGUGACGACCUCUUUAAGGUACGGUGAGAGGGAGCCUAGGUCGAAAACCCUUAAAACAGGCAGAAAAAAGAGAAAACUAAAAAAAAGAAAAAGAAGAGUAUUUCUGAAAACAAAAAAAAAAUAACAACAAAAAAACACCCUAAGAAAACUAAAAAACAAAAAAGAAAUAUUUCUGAUUCUUGGGGUUAAGAAAGCCUGAGAAGUGGAAGAAGUAACUUCCCCAAAGUAAGGAAGUACUUAAAAAAAAAAAAAACUCUUCAAAAAGAAAUCUCCAAAAACAAAAAUAAAUUAAGACAACUGAUGAAAAAACAAAAAAGAAAAAAAAAACAUCAACAUGGGAAAAAAAAAAUAAUAAUAAAAAAAAAAAAACUACUGGAAAGAAAAUUAAAAAACAACAAACAAAAGCACCCAUAACCCGGUGUUUUUCACACAAAAAAUAAAAUAAACCUUGCGGUUUUCCGUCCCAUGGGAGGGUUUUUAUCCCCCUCCUCGAGCUACCACCUUACCGUGGUGGAGGGGUUUGUGUGUCCCAAUGAGAGUUAAUUCUGAUUUACUCUUGCUGUUGUCAAAAAGUGCUAAAAUUUCUCUGAAUUUCGCAUGUUAAGUAGGCCCAUGUCAGUUUUAAUCCUUGCAGGACUCUUGUUUUCACUUUUCAUCAGCAGAGGAAAAGCUUUUGGAUAACUGAUUAAUAUAGAGUUCAGGGGAAAGUAUAUCUGCAAUGUAUAAUCAAUAAUGACUUUAUCUUCAUGAGUAAAUAUGAUUUGUACAUUUAAAGAGAACUAUUUUUUAAUUUUGGUUCAACAAUGGACAGAAGUAGACAGGCAAGAUGGCGUCUGUAAAGUUCAGUUUAACAGCUGGUGUGUCAUACUAAGUUUUCUUAUUUAACCCAUCAAUACAUAUCAAUUCAUAAAGCAUCUAUUACAAAAACAGCUCAAAUCAAUGUGGGUUAACAGCAGGUUUGAAAAAUACAUGAUUGUUAUAGGGUGUGCUUUUUUUUACAUUUAAAUGUGAAAAAUUCAAAUGUAAACAAACAACAAGAGAAUAUGGCAUCAAAGGAACAAUUCCGUGAUGACAUCAUUAUGACAUCAUCACGGCUUUCAUCUCGUGUUACUAACUGGAAGUAGAGAAGCUGUCCAGGGUAUCGUUUGAACCUUUCAGCGAGUAGCUACACUUAAAGAAAGAGACAAUCGAAAUCUUCAAAGAGAAACAUAGACCUACUGGUAAAAACGUGGAAGAAAGCGAAAAGCAAAGAUGGAAAACAUGUCCGAGGAAACCCACGGCGAAAUGACGGAUCCACAGCACGUCCACCUAAGGUAAGGAGAAAAAAAACGGUUCAAGGGGUCCCUGUGUGAAGGUGUUUCUAUAAAACCGCGCCUCAACCUUUUUCUUUCUGCUCCUUUUCAUUCACAUGAAAAUUUUUCCUUGUUUGUAUUGAAUGUGUCAUAUACUAACAGACUGAAAUAAAGUAUGUACACAGCGCCCUAACUUUAUUGAAAUGAAGUCAUGUGUUUGGAGGUUAAGGCUCUGUUUGUGUAGAUACCAACAGUUUGGGUCGGGUCAGAACUGCUGACAUUCAUACAGCUCAUUCAGACGACUCAGAGAAUGAGAGUAUUUGGAAUUUUCCAAUAUUUAUCAUGUCUCAGAUUUGUGCACAUCAGUUUGUGAAUGACAGAUAUUGUAUAGAAAGACUUAGCUUUCAGACCCUUUACAACAAGAUCUUCAGUGCUUCUCAUCUUUUUCUUUUAGCUUCCCAUCUGAAAGCUCUGUGGAGGAAAUGGCUCAAGACAGACCAGAUCAAGAUGAGACAGAGAAAACGGAGAUUGAUAACAGCAUCAUACAGAGACUUCAAGACAGACCAGAUCAAGAUGAGACAGAGAAAACGGAGAUUGAUAACCGCAUCAUACAGAGACUUCAAUCUGGCUGGAUAGGCACUCUUCAUGUCGUUUUCCUGGUGCUGCUUUUAGUCCUAAUCACUGUCAUUGUUGGCCUGAGCAUCAAUGUUAAGCAGUUACAGAAAGAAAGGAGUCAGCUGAGACAGCUUCUAGAAUCAACACACAUGGGACUGAACCACACCAUGGAAGUAAAUCAAAAAGUGAGCCAGAGUCUGAACUUCACCGUGGAAGAAAAUCAAAAACUGAGGCUGAGUCUGAACUACACCAUGGAAGAGAAUCUGAACCUGAGCCUGAGUCUGAACAACACCAUGGAAGAAAAUCAGAAAUUGAGCAGAAGACUAAACUACACCAUGGAAGAAAAUCAGAAAUUGAGCCUGAGUCUGAACUACACCAUGGAAGAUAAUCUGAACCUGAGCCUGAGUCUGAACAACACCAUGGAAGAAAAUCAGAAAUUGAGCAGAAGACUAAACUACACCAUGGAAGAUAAUCAGAAAUUGAGCCUGAGUCUGAACUACACCAUGGAAGAUAAUCUGAAACUGAGCCGAAGACUCAACCACACCAAGGAAGAAAAUCAAAAACUGAGCCUGAGUCUGAGCUACUCUAUGGAAGAAAAUCAGAGACUGAGCCGAAGACUAAACCACACCAUGGAAGUAAAUCAAAAAGUGAGCCAGAGUCUGAACUUCACCGUGGAAGAAAAUCAAAAACUGAGGCUGAGUCUGAUCUACACCAUGGAGGAGAAUCUGAACCUGAGCCUGAGUCUGAACAACACCAUGGAAGAAAAUCAAAAACUGAGCCUGAGUCUGAGCUACUCCAUGGAAGAAAAUCAGAGACUGAGCCGAAGACUAAACCACACCAUGGCAGAAAAGUCACAGCUUCAAGUGCAGAUUGAGGAGAUGAAAAUCAUAUUGAAUUCUACUAUGGAAAACCGUGACUCUUUCAGAAAAGACAAAAUCAAAUAUCAACAGCUUUUGAUCAAUGAAAGGCAGACCUCAACUCAACUAAAAGCUGAAAAUCAACGUCAACAAUCAAUUCUGAUGUCGGAGAAACUAUCUUUCCUCUGGAGAUUCUGUGAUAAAGGCACCCUGCAAUGUUCACGCUGCCUUCCUGGUUGGGCCGAGCACGCCACACGCUGCUUCCAUUUGGCAUCACAACCAAUGAAGUGGGAAGAUGCUCGUAGGGAGUGUUUGAAUGAAGGUGCUGACCUGGCUGUUGUCUUGAAUGCUGCAGACCAGGCAUUUCUGACCAACAUGACUUUCCAGUUUACACAGCAGCAUCCAAAUGUACUGUUCCAUUCAGCAUGGAUCGGGUUGCAGGACAUGGUGCAGGAUAACAGAUUUGUGUGGGUAAAUGGUAUCAAGUCCAAGUCAGAUUUGAAGUUCUGGAUGCCUGGAGAGCCAAACAAUGCUGCGGCUCAAUGGGACAAAGACCGUGCAGGACAGGACUGUGUUGUCAUUGUCCCUCCAAAGACUGUUGGACAGAAAGGCUGGCUGAACUCCUGGGAUGAUAUUGUCUGUCGAGGCCAGCGGCACUACAUUUGUGAAACCAAAGCUCUUAUUUUGUCUGGAGUGAAAACUGAGGAAUGAUGAGUUUAUAACAAUUUAGAAUAAGUAUGAAUUAAUGUGAAAUAAAUGUUCUUUAUUUUGAUAAUGAUAUGGUAUUAUUAUUUGGAUUUUAAUGUGGCCUAUAUAAUAGACUGUUUUUUGUUCUUUUUUUAGUCAUCUCUAUCUAUCUAUCUAUCUAUCUAUCUAUCUAUCUAUCUAUCUAUCUAUCUAUCUAUCUAUCUAUCUAUCUAUCUAUCUAUCUAUCACAGAAUGGAGAUGACAUGGAUUAAGGUGAAGUCAGUUGCAAGUUCAACAUUUGUUAAAAAAAAAAAAAGAACAAUAUGACUGGAAUGAGCGUUUAAUCAAAUAAAUGUGAACAGAAACAUUUUUAGGGCAGAAAAACAUCAUCACGAGACUUUUGGAUUUCUGUCCUGCAGUUAUGGAAGAAUAUGAGGUAACACCGGGAAAUAAACCUCUGUUCAUCCCAUGGUGGAGAAAUUUAUAUUAAUUUAUAUAAUAAGGCAUUGUUAUGGAUUUAAGACAGCUAUUUUUGUCAGAAUUGAUAUUGAAUGGUAGCAGAGUACAGGAACAAUAGAAACCUUGUCAUAUUGAAAAGUGUUUGCAGUUAUUUGGGACAGGUAAAAAUGUGUGAUCUUUCAAAACACAAACUCAUUUUUUAGCGAAGAGAGGGUCAUACUUUUUGCUCUUUUGAAAAGGACUGAAUCCAAUUUGAACUCCUUAGCUGGCAGGCUGACACUACUCUGGCCUUCCAAGGGAGGGCAGCAUCUCCCCUUCAGCUGUUUCAUCACAGCUGUAGUUAUUCACAUUUCCACCAUUUGACUUUCAGUUUCGCUCAACACAACGUUUUCAGCAAAAAUAAAAAAUAAAAAAAGAGGGCAUAUAUUCUUACUCUACACUCAUAGAUAGUAUAUAUAUAUAUAGGCCUACAGUCUAUGGCAGUGGUUCUCAACUGGUUUCACUCUGGGACCCACACUUUUUUAUGGUCCUUAUGUGGCAACCCACUUUUAUAAAAUUCAAACCAGGCAAAUUUAUUUUUUAUAAAAAACGAACCUUUACAGACUCAAAUCUUUGACAUAAAUACUCCUAUUUUGUUGAAUAAAGUGCAUUUCAGAGCACAUGAACUGAGGGCGACAACUACUUAAGUUUCGUAUACAGAAAAUAUCAAAUAUCAAAUUGCACACAAUGGAGACAAGCAAAAUGAAAUAUUUGACUUAUUUGCAUCUCUGCGUUCAGAGCAUAUUCAGAAGAACACGAGGAGGACCGAGCAACAGCAUUGACAAAAGUGAAUAAAUAUCAAAUUGCACAAAAUAAAGACCAUGAAAAACAUGUAAUUUUACUGCAUUCAGGCCACAUUAAUAAGAAACCGAGGAGGACCAUGACAUGAUGCGUGCCUUUCAAAAUAAGCUAUUUUUCAAAAUAAAAAAACAUGUCAAACAUCAGAUGCGUAUUAAAUAUUUACUUUUUUGAUCAGCUGUUCACGACCCAUCCAGAACGUGUCUGGGACCCACUUUUGGGUCGGGACCCACCAGUUGAGAACCACUGUUCUAUGGUUACGCCACACAAUCUCAUUCAGUUUACAGUACAUGCUGAAGUCCCGCCCAUACCGGAACAGGAUUGGUCCCCUCUGCUGUUGGCGCUUCCCAUCAGCUUCUAUGAUUGGAUAUAUUCAUUUUGGACGGCGGCUGUUACGUCAUUAUUUCCAACCGUGUAAGGUGUUAAAUUUCAAAUCUACUCAUUGUGGCUGGAGCAUGGUGCUGGUGCAGGUAAUGCUCUGUCAUUUCACUGAAAAAUGCGAGAUUGUUCUCCUAAAUAAACACGAACCAACCAAAGAAAAGGAAAGAACCACCACACGAAGCAUUGCGACUUAAUCAUCAGGCAGGUUGAAUUUUACACCCCUCUCACCCCCUAAAUAAGAGACCAUAUUCAUCUGCUGUUUCGUCUCCUUUAAUCGCUUUUCAUCAGGAUGUCGGUACUCUCGUUAGUGCUACUGCUGCUAUACCCACAUACAGCAACUGUCUCAAAUGGUUUGUUUUGAUUUUCCUUUCUGUUCAGAACUUCGCCUAUUUAUUUGUAUAACUUUUAUUUUUUGCUGUGUUUUGUUUGCACCUGAUAGGAAUGCCUCCCAUUUCAUUGUACAUUUACAAUAACAAUAUCAAGAUAUUCUACCCUAGUGUAUUCUAUUUGACCUGGCACUAGACCUCUUAUUUUGUCGACUUUCAGUUUCCGUUCCCCACUCCAUUACCCACGCAGAAAGUGUUUCCUCUGCCCGACCUUUCUCCUACAGGUGGCGAUCACUUCAAGCUGAUCAUCCAGACUUUUUAAAUUAAUAUUUCUUUUCCCCCUUUCUUUCUUGCUACUGAAAACUCCAAUAAAUCUGACAAUUACUCUGAGGAGAGGAUCUGGGUUUCAGGGUGGAGAAUACACCGGUUGCAGGACAGUGCGCGAGACGGUGAAGCAUGGGCUGGAAAUGUCAAAUUUAUUGCGGUUUACAAAAGCUCUACAACAUCCGGUUUAGCUGUCAAUAUAAACCUGGGAUAAUAAAGGUUUGGGGGGAAACGCAAAUAUCAUUUCCAGAGUAACAUGUGGUCAUAGGUUUACACAGGUUCAAGUAUAUAUCUUGAACUUUUUAAAGAUAAGUCUAUCUAUCUAUCUAUCUAUCUAUCUAUCUAUCUAUCUAUCUAUCUAUCUAUCUAUCUCUUAAACUUUUCUAAAGAUCCAUAUUCAUGUCCUGUGCACAGCAUUAUCAGUCCUUGUAGCUUGCAGGUGAUGGUAGGAGCCACAGAGGGGACUGAAUACCUCCUUUUUUCAACCCUGGUACCAUCCUUUAAGCCUUUUAACAACAACAAUAAUAGUAAUAAUAAUAAUAAUAAUAAUAAUAAUAAACUUUAUUUGUAUGGCACUUUUCUUGAACAGUUGUCACAAAGUGCUUUAUAGUCAUCAAAAUAAAAAGGGUCAGACAACAAGACAUAAACCUUAACAAAAAGUACACUUGCAGCCAAAGUCCCGGGGCCUAUUCUACGAAGCAGGAUUACUGCUUAGCAAGGUAACUUCGAGGGUAAGUUCGGGGUUUCCUGUUCUACGACACGGGUUCACUUCUUAGCGAGGUGAGUCUCCAUGGCAACGUACGCUGAACGGCUAACCUGCUCUGGGGCAGGUUAGGUUCCAGAUUGAACUCACCGAGUAUAAAAACCCCACCCACUGACCAAUGAGCUCUCUCAAAAAAUGGCUUGUCUGUUCUUGGAGGAUCCUAUAGACCUUGGUGCUGGCAUUGUUCGAGGAGCACUCCGGCGUGCGAGAGUUUUCAGGGACUGCAUGGACCCACUUACUUUUCUGGAUGACCACCUUUAUGAAAGGCUCAAAAAAUGUAAACAUGAUAGGAAUGAACAAAUGAAUGAAUUCAUCUUGGAAAUAAAUUAGACAUGUCUGGUGCAUGUUAAAAGCGCAUGUUGAACAGUGCUAUUUCAGGGUUAUAAUGGCAUCAAAGAUUUUUUGCGCAUUAUAUUUACGCAUUGAGACUGUCUGCAAUUUUCUGCGGUCUUUCGCUCUCUAGCCGGCUCUGACGCUCCAGACUGGUCCAUGUUCGCGAUCGGUCCGAUGCGACGGGCUCUGCCUUACCUGCGUGCACGCGCUCAUAGCAAAGCUGGAUCCACUUACGAGGUUGAUAACCAGUGUCGUAAGACCGUUUAGCGAGACCGCUGGCUACCGCGUUAAGUUCAGCGAGGUAGCUCCAAGGCUACCUCGCUAGGUCAAACUUGCUUCGUAGAACAGGCCCCUGGUCAUACCAAAGCGAUUGUAAACAAAUGGGUUUUCAACAGCUUUUUGAAAAUAUACACAGUGUCCACAAGUUCCCUUUUAGAGCUAAAACUAAUCUACAAAAGCUUUUUAUAGGCCCUAAAGAGGAAUAAUGUACUACCUUCCCAAAAAUUUACUUUGGAAUAUGAUGCAGAGAAAAUAUACUUCUUGGAUUGACCUACUUCCCAUUCCUUCCUCUCUUGAUGUUGUAAGUGGACUGGUUGUUAUUCUUAUACAUAAUAUACUCUUACCGUGAGGCUUUGUGUAUCAUUACUGAACAAAUGCACAUUGUAUCCUCCUUAUUGAAUGAUUAUUGAUUUAAUCUAAGUUUUUUUUUUUUUUUCCUUUGCUUACAAGUGAUUUAACGAGAAGGCCAAAGCUGUCUCUCUUCCUCCUCAGCAACCACCUUCCUCUUCAUUAAAGGGUCUAUAGGUCUCUUUGGUGGUAUUUUUGUAAAGAUGCUGUUAUUUCAAACUAGCAUGCUUUGUAUCCAAUGUUUUAUUCUGUGUUGUUCUAGAUGAAAUGAGGAUUUGCAGUAAAUGGACACGAAGAGAGCUCCACAGGCUACUGUCUGCUGCUGACUGGAUUUAAAAGCAUCUGUGCAGUGGAUCGUGUAGCAUCCUGAUGAAGUUAUUCAGCUCUUCUGUUGAAUCACCUCCUUUUCUGUCGUGAAUUCACAUGAAAUGUCUUCCAUAUGGAUUUCAUUUUCAGUACAGGACUUUCUUGCACAGACCAGCCCACUUUAGUCCACAACCUUUUAGAAUGUUAUGGUAUAUAAAUCUGAAACAGAGCACUAUAUUUCCACAAUUUUGUUUUGUUUUAGUGUAAUUUAUCAAAAAUCACAUUCACACGACAAUUACGGGUACAAGUUUACAGCUAUCAUUUUACAAAUGUAAGAACAUCACACAUUUGUCUUACUAAAAAAAUGUGAAAACCCAUGACAAGUCAUUAUUGGGAAAAUGUAAAUGAAGACUUAGAGAUCCUUGGUCAUACACAUAGACUGUAUAUAUUAUGGACAACUUGGUUCCGCCUCCCGCCAGUAUACGGAUUUGAAGCCAAAAAGCUCUCGGUAAUUCCACAUUUUUUUCUCCACUUCCUGAAACCAACAUUGCACAGUAGUGUUGUACGCACUCCACCACUUGCGCAGUAGUGUUGUACGCAUUCGGCGGGAGAGUCACCGAGAGUGGCUGUGAUGACGCUCGGCUCAAACAGCGUAUCCCCACAGGUGUAUCUUCGUACACCCAUAGGCUGUAUCAAGUGACAAUCAUAGAAAACAUGAACCCCCUAAAAACGUCUAAAAAUGGAGCUGCACAGAAAAAGUACAGUAACUACAUCACAACCAGGGGGAGAAAUAUUUGUGUUCUGUGGAAUAAAUUUCUAAAGUUUGUCCACAGCUUCAUAUGGAUUGCUGGAGGAGGCGGGAUUUAUGACCUAUACUGCAGCCCGUUACUAGCGGGUGCUGUUUUCGGAACGGCUUCACCCAGCGAGGAGGCAGAUGCUGUCCAUUCUUUAUACAGUCUAUGGUCAUACAUUAUGUCAUUCAAACUCUCUUGUUUUGUUUUAUUUAUUCAAGUAUCACGAGGUCAGACCAUUUUUACUGUACAGUGCUGUAUCAUUAAAUUAUCUGACAUAUUUCAUACAGCUUACUGUAGCUUCUCUUUCUCACAUCCAGACUAACCCCUCUGGACUUCUGUGCUGAGUUGUGGCGCUCUCUCACACUGUAAAAGUCAACAGCUUUUAUUUUGAAGAGCCUCUUUCCGGUUCUUGUGUCGCUGGCUCCGCCUUUGGUUGGCUUUAUAAAGCAGCGAUGUCUCAUGGCAGAUCAGCGGCCAGCCCUGAAAGUCGGAGCGGCGAGAAAAGUACGCGGUGCUCUUUGUUACUGUAAAACUGGUUCCACCUCCGCGACGUCGUUAACAUGAGAAAGAAACUUCUUCACUGACCGCCGGGAAGUGAAAUUUUGGCGAAGGGUCAGUUGUGCCGUUCCCUUCCUGGAACUUCAGCCAGUCCAGCAGCCGUUCAGCUCCGACCACACCCUCCCUGCUUCCUCAUACUGCAGCGGGAGCGCGCAGCACGACUUUGAAUCCCCGGGAAUAACGGCCCUUUCCUCGGCUACCUUUGGGAUUUCAUGUUCGGGGAACUAGACGAAACAUGUGAGUUGACUGUCCAAAGACUUUUGAGCGGUUAUGGCGCUGAAAAGCAAGUGUCAGCAGGGGCUAUGCGGGGCUUCACAUUCUCUGGUCCCGUGUCAAGACGCCUAGAGGAAGAGGAGGAGGAGGAGGAGGGCGGACAGAAGGACGAUGCAUAUGGAGUCCAAGCGACUGCAGCAUUCGCUAGCUUCCAACCCGGGGCUGUGUUUGAAAAAGAAGAGGUUAAAAGUGGAUGGAGGAGUUUGUGCUGUUGGAAAGUCGGGCUCCCGGUCUUUAACUCUGGGGGACUCAUGAAACGAUGGUGCUGAAGGGAAACACGGGUGGUGCCCCGUUUGUACCCAGCAUGAGAAUACCAGGCCGGUCAAAGUCAUUGGAAGCAAGUCGGACAAGACGUCGGUGCUUUUUCAGGCUGCUUACCCUGUCAAGAGUGGACCUAAAAUGACAUCCUAUUUAUUAAUGUAAAGAAAAAAAAAGAGCGAAGAAUCGAUCAAGCUAAUGUUGAGGGAUGUUUUUCUCUGCUAAAAAAAGACCCAAAGAAAAGACAUCUAGUGUUAAAUAGCAGGAAAGGAUCAGCAGAUGUCAUAAAUCAGGAAUGUGAUCUCCUUUAUGAAAAGAAAUGCAGCUUUUGACUUUGAACAGCUCUCAGUCUGCACUUUGCCUGUUUGGAGGCACCCUGGCACUGCAUUUGGUGUGAUUUCUUCUUAAAGUUCACAGCCUGUGAAGUUUUUUUCUGUUUGACCAAAACUGGGACUGGGAUUAGAUUAACCACAUCUGUAUUUUGCUGGCAUUUAUGUUCAUCUAAAGAGAUAAGAGCAUUUUAUACUGAUAAUUUUAACCCUUGUGCUGCCCUUCAGGGUCAAAAAGACCCAGUCAGUAUACCCUCGCCCUAUUGGGGUGAAUUUAGCCUCCAGUCAGCGUGGACUAAGAUAACCCAUGACUCCUGAUUGUUUUACCCCGCCUGGGUCGAAUAGACCCCAGUCAAGUAUGGAUUUGAGAAUCGUAAACUCGCGCCCCUGCCCUCGGCAGGGUCAAAUAUACCCCACCGUGGUGUACAUAGCCUUUUUUUUUUUUUUUUCAUUUAUUUAUUUAUUUAUUUAUUUUUACUCAUUUGAACUCAUGACUCCUGACGUUCCAGCGCGCAUCUCAAACAGCAUAAACCCCUGGACCCGAUUCUCGCUCAUCCAGUCAAGUAUCCUGUGGUGGUGGCGGCGUUGAGGACCCCCUGUAUUUUACAGCGUGAGGACUGUAAAAAAAAAAAAACAUAAAGCUCUAGGUUUUACUUUCAAGGCUACACUACAUAUAGAGACUAAGAAAACUUGGAAACUUGGAGGACUGGAAAAAAAAUAAAUAAAUAAAAUAAUUUUUAGGAAAGGAUGUCGGUAUCAACAAAAGUUCCAUCUCAAGAGUUGAGUAGAAUAGAGUGAAAACUGUAUUCAUCACGGCAGGGAAACUUAGAGAGUGUCAGAGAGCUUGCAAAUACAGAUAACAACAGCCGCACUACCUAAUUCAUAUAAAUGAGCACAACCUAUCACAAAAUAAAGGCAGUACAGUGAAAAGGCAAGGGGAAUUUGUUUUUACACACGCUUUUGUCUCAGAGAGUUUCACAUAGCAUUAUAAUGCCAACAUCAUCUGCCCUUAGACCCUCACGUCAACUGAGGAAAAAUGGAGAAAUAAGACAAAAAAAAAUUGGAGAAACCUCAGGGUGAGCAACACAGGAGAGAUCCCCUCACCCAGGACGGGGCAGACCUGCAACAGAGGUUCUAUACAGACAAAAACAAACAAACAAAAAAAAAACGGGUUUACUACACAUAAUGUGCCGAACACGACAUUCCAUUGUUGCCUAACAGGAAAACAGAAAAGUUUUCUCAAAAGUGUUGAACACCGACAAAAAGGACCGUAGAGGAGAGACUACAGUACAGUAAGUAUUCUAUAUGUAUCUAUCUAUCUAUCUAUCUAUCUAUCUAUGUAAAGACAUGAAUAUAUUUGCAUUUUUCGUGACUCGUGCGCCCUGAGAGUGGCAGCAAGUCACAGCAGCUCCUCACAGAGUUCGCGUUUUUGCCUUCUUAUUGUUGUUUUUUUGCACCUCAUUUAUACCCUUAUUGUUAUAACUGCAUGUUUGCACUUUUUGUCUUGUCUGUGAUGCUGCUGUGACAAAAAAAAUUUCCCCAUGGGGGGAUCAAUAAAGGAAUAUUCUAUUCUAUUCUAUUUGUGUUUGUUCAUCUUCUCACUCUGUGUGCUUUUAAAGCAAGGGAAUGGCUGUGAUAGCUCCAACAAAACAAUGUGAACGCGUAGUAGUGUAGGGUAUUGUGAAUUCCUAGAACGACAAAAUCUGUUCGGAUUUUGGACAAAACCUGUUCGGAUUUUAGAUCAACUCAGAAAUCCAGUCAAACAAUAAAGUUUCUCUCUCUCUCUCUCUCUCUCUCUCUCUCUCUCUCUCUCUCUCUCUCUCUCCCUCCCCCCUCUCUCAACAUGCGGUAACUGGCUCUCUCUUUCCCUUCACAGUCGCGCUGCAUUUCACAGGGCCGCUUCAUUCCGUUAUUGCCUAGGAGGACAGAAAACAGAAAAGUUUUUCUCAAAAGUGUUGCAGACCGACAACCGGGACCGUAGAGGACAGACCAGAGAACAGUAAGUGUUCUAUAUCUAUCUGUCCCCCGCUCCAGGAUUUGGCCUCUGACGCGCCGCACGUCGACGGAGAGGAGCAGGAAAGUGCGCUCUACCCCCGGUCACGUCGUCUCUCAGCCUACGCGUCCGUUCUUCUCGUCAGCUGAGCCGGCGACGGCAUGGGGACGGAAAGGACGGACCCGUGGUUCUGAGACGACGCGUCCCCCGCUCCAGGAUUCGGCCUCUGACGCGCCGCACGUCGACGGAGAGGAGCAGGAAAGUGCGCCUCCGCGGCUACGGUCCAAGACCGUCCCGAGGAGGGGAAAGCGCCGAAGGCGAGUUUGGAAAAAGGGAAAAACGCGGGACGGAGGAUUCGUCUGCGAGUCGACGUGCUGAGAAACCCCCGACGCUCUCCUGUUCCCGUUCCGGCCGGCUACCGCCGCGAAGACGUUCUCGACGAGGGAGAAAAGGGCGCGCGACUGCGGCCGAACGUGUGGCGCGCGGAUGGAGACGGAUGGAGGACGCCUGGGCUUUAGAGGUAAGAUGUGUGUGACCUGUGCGCGUGUGUUUUCUACACUGCCUGUGUAUUCUACACUGCCUGUGUAUUCUUUUUUUGUUUGUUUGUUUGUCCCCGCUCCUCGUGUUCGGCCUCUGACCCGCCGCGAGUCGACGGAGAGGAGCAGGAAAGUGCGCUCUCCCCCUUCCCCGGGGGCGUCCGGCCUCCGAGGGCGGCCUCCGCGGCUACGGUCCAAGACCGUCCCGAGGAGGGGAAAACGCCGAAGGUGAGUUUGAAAAACGGAAAAACGCGGGACGGAGGAUUCGUCUGCGAAUCGACAAGAAAACCCCGACGCUCUCCUGUUCCCGUUCCGGCCGGCCUCCGCGGCUACCGCCGCGAAGACGUUCUCGACGCGGGAGAAAAGGCGCGCGACUGCGGCUGAGCGUGUGGCGCGCAUCCUGUGAGGAACGGACGGAGAGAGAGAGGGAAAGAAAGAAAGAAAGAGACAAAGGUUUCAAAGAUUUUUUUUUUAUUUUAUUUUCAUUUCUAAGAGCAGAAAAUACUGUAAAGAUGUCUCAACGCCAACAGAAAGAAAGUGUUUGUACAUAAAAAGUGUUUUCAAAUGAAAAAAAAAUUAUAUAUAUAUAUAUAUAUAUAUAUAUAUAUUUAAACAUUAUUUUAUUUAUUUAUUUAUUUUUAAAAAACUACACCUUGCUUCAUCAUACAGUGUUGUUUUUUUUUCUUUCCUCACUGCAGUGUCCCAGAAUGGUGAGGCUUAGCGAAGAGGACAACGCCUGGGCUCCAGAGGCACGAGUCGGCACCCCACCGUAGGGAGUGAAACCACUGUAUCACUCGGUCAGUUGUAAAACACAAAAGUUUGAAUUGUAUAAUCGGCAGAGGUUGGAGAGCGUCGGAGUUGUCGUGUCGUCUCUAAGCCAACGUGUCUGUUCUUCUCUUCCACUGAACCGGUUGCGUUUUACUUUGCACAUUUCAGUCAGGAAGGUGAGCGGCUGGUUCGGAGUUAGAGAAGAACGAAUUCGUGGUUCUGAGAUGACGUGUCCCCGCUCCUCAUAUUUAGUCCUCUGACACAAAGACAUCACAAAAUGUGGACUCGAUAUCACUGACUGUGCUGACUCUGUGUGUGAGUGUGUGUGUGAGUGUGUGUGUGUGAGUGUGUGUGUGUGUGUGUGUGUGCGUGUGUGUGUGUGUGUGUGUGUGUGUGUGUUCCGCACUGCCUGUGCGAGUUUCUCUUUUUGGUUUUACAGCGCUCUCUGCAUGACCGGCCAUUCUGUGAGGGAAGAAGAGAGAAAGACACACGAAGUUUCUCCAGAUUUUAUUUUUCAAUUCUAAGAGCAGAAAAUAUUGCGAAGACGUCUGAACACCAAAAGAAAGAAAGUGUUUGUACAUAAAAAGUGCUUUACAAAUACAUUUUUUUUUUUAAAAGCACGCCUGUCCAAGGCUCGGUGAGGUUUAGGGAAGAGGACAACGCCUGGGCUCCAGAGGCACGAGUCGGCAUCCCACAUGCCGUCGUCGCCGUUACCGCCGUCGACCGGCCCACCCGGACCGACUGAAUAUUCUCUCGUCCACGCCCGCGACAUCGCCUCCGCUUUUUUCAUGUUCGUCACCCCGUCGAUAGAACGCAUCAUCUUGGAGAUGACUAAUUUGGAGGGAUGACGGAAAAUCGGAGACGGCUGGAAACGCAUGGAUGCCGUCGACCUUCGCGCCUACAUGGGGCUGCUGCUUUUAGCCGGCGUCUACAGGUCCCGAGGCGAGGCGACCGCCAGCUUGUGGGACGCUGAGAGCGGACGGUCCAUCUUCCGCGCCACGAUGCCGCUGAAAGUGUUUCACGCCUACUCUAGACUGCUGAGAUUCGACGACCGCGAGUCGAGACCCGCCAGAACCUGGGCAUGCGGGUCGUGCUCGAUGUCACCGAGGGACUGAGGGAUUGCAACGUCACCUGCGACAAUUUCUUCACCUCUUACGAACUCGGGCAGCAGCUGCUGAAAAGGAACAUGACCAUGGUGGGCACCGUUCGAAAAAACAAGCCGGAGCUCCCCCGGCCCUUCUCUCGCCGAAGGGAAGAGCGGUGUUCUCGUCGAAAUUCGCCUUCACGUCGACCACUGCCGCGGUCUCUUACGUGCCCAAGAAAAACAAAAACGUGCUGCUGGUUAGCACGAAGCACACGGAGGCCGAAGUCAGCGACCGCCGCGACAGAAAGCCGGUCAUCAUACUGGACUACAACCGCUGCAAAGGAGGUGUCGAUAACCUCGACAAGGUGAUCGGAACCUACAGCUGCAGAAGGAUGACGGCUCGCUGGCCCCUGGUCGUGUUCCACAACAUCCUCGACGUUUCCUCCUACAAUGCCUUUGUGAUAUGGAGAGAACUAAACCCCGAAUGGAUGCCUCAGAAGCGGAACAAGAGAAGGGUGUUCCUAGAGCGGCUGGGAAAGGCGCUGGUGACUCCGUUGAUAGAAAGAAGGGAGCGUCUCCCUCGCACGGAAGCGUCAGCGGAAGUCGUCCGAGUCGUUCGUAGCGCCGCGUCUAGAUCUAGAACUUGCGGUGAGGGGCGAGGGCGAGGGCGAGGACGCCGCCGGAGCGGCGUCGGGAGCGGACGGCCCGACCGGGGCGAGGAAGAGGAAGAGGUGUCAGUUUUGCCCGCGGGCGAAGGACAACAAAACUUCUACCAUGUGCAGCGGGUGUAAGAAAUAUAUCUGCAAAAGUUGUUCGCUCCCGUACUGCGCUGAGUGUGCCGCUGAGAAUUUGGAGACGGGUUGAUCGCCGACACACGCACACACACACACGCACACACAUGCACACACACACACGCACGCACGCACGCACACACCAUGUGUGACCCCUCGAGACGUGGGAUGCGGUCGGUUGAACUGUCCGCAACCGGGGUGACUAGUUUUAGAGGCAGAGAGGCAGCCUGGCAGGACCGCAUCAGAAGAGGAAAUACUUACGACUUUCCAAAGAUGAAAAUGUCACGGGAACUGCCGAAAAGACACGAGAGCAUGAUGAACAGCGAGGACCCGGACAUUGAGGUUGUUGGUGGCGACGUGGGUAAAAAGCUACACUUUAACCCCGUUAGAGCGGCAGUGGCAUUACAGCUGUGCAGAAAGCUCAAGGUAGACUGUAGAAAGAGGUAUAGCAAAUUCACGGAUGUCUGUGAAUUAGGAGCUCCUUGUAAGAACGUGAAGAUUAAAAGCGACGGGAAUUGCUUCUUUAGGGCAGUCAGUGUAGCCGUGAGCGGUACCGAACGCCAUCACGGAAGAAUAAGAGAAGCUGUGGUGAAUCACUUGCAAAGCAAUGAAGCUGCGUACGCCAACAUUCUGAGAAGGGGUUACCUUUCGGUGUCGGACUUCGUCGACGCAUCUGAAAUCGGCUCUCCAGGAAGUUGGGCGACAGAGGUUGAGAUUCAAGCGACGGCGGAUUAUUUGGGCGUCGACGUAUUCACGUAUUACACCGACCGUUGGCUUCGGUACAGUUGCGACAGCGUUCGGGUCUCUAAACAGGGGAUUUAUUUAGCGAAUAGCGGCAGCCAUUACGAGACCGUCGUUUGUGUCACAAGUCCUCCGAAGCGGUCUUGUUGCGGCUACUGCAAACUAGGCGUAGUUGCGUCAGACACGUACGAUUGUCUGACCUCAAAUUCUGCCUACGCCGAUUCUGCAUCUCGAUCCGAGAUUGCUUCGCCGUCACCGACAUCGAUUCGUCCGGAUAACACGGUGUCUGUGAAUGACGUCGACUACUGCGAAAAGGCGAGCGAUGAGCGCGAGGAGGGGUCCCGCCGCUCUGACGAGCGUCGAGCUGCGAGGGAUUUUUAUCGAGAUGCCGACAGUCCUCGGAGCCGCUACGAGUAUGACGAUUACCGCAGUGACGCCGCCGAGCUAGACGUCGGAGGACGCUUCGGCGAAGAUGAGGCCUGGGAGAAUAAUCCUGACGAAGAGCGUGACCGCUAUGGAUGGCUAUCAAGGAGACGUGUAGAAAAUUAUAUUAUCGUUGAAAAUAUGGAGCAUCGUCCCUACGGCGAUAGCCUUGUAACUCCGGGCGACGCGGAGGAUACCGCCGAAGCUGAUUUACCGCGUAACAGCGUUGCGGAUUGGCGUGAACUUUUCGACCGCUCUGAUGAGCGUCGAACUCCGAGGGACUGGGAGGGCACGAGUGACCGCGAUGCCGACUUUUACCGAGAUUCUAACAGUCCUUGGAGUCGCCGUGAGUAUGACGAUUACCGCAGUGACGCUGCAGAGCUAGAAGUCGAAGGGCGCUUCGGUGAAGAUGAGGCCUGGAGGAAUACUCCCGACGUAGAGGGCACGAGUGACCGCGAUGCCGACUUUUACCGAGAUUCUAACGGUCCUCGGAGCCGCCGUGAGUAUGACGAUUACCGCAGUGACGCUGCGGAGCUAGAAGUCGAAGGGCGCUUCGGUGAAGAUGAGGCCUGGAGGAACUAUCUAUCGGCUAUCGGAAAGACACGUAGAAGGUGACGUUGUUGAAGACGAGGAGUGUUAUCCCUACGGCGAUAGCCUCGGAACUCCAGGUGACGCGGAAGAUACCGGUGAAGCUGAUUUGCCACGUGACGGCUUUAUGAUCGGUCCGAACUUUUAAACGAUGAGAUCUGUAUCGCGCUGUGGGAUUGCGAGGAAGAAGUUCGAGAGGAGUUUGGCUCGAAUGACCGCUACGCAGCUACCUGCCGCUGGACCGAAUUGGAGGAAUCGUGGAAAUCGUUUGUCGGUUGGCUGGGUGAGCGCUGGUGGGGCUCGGUGUCGGAAGAGUCCGUCAGGACCUUCAUGGAUUCAUCCGAGAGACGUCGCGUCAGGGAUAUCGUCGUCUCGGCGUGCUUCGGUGACACGCCCGGGGGAGUUUGUUCUUUCACAGUGAAGACCGAAAGCGGCCUGCUGUCACUUCCUUUGCUUAUCCGUCGAAGACGCUACGUGUGCACCGACUUGGCGGAAGGUGAUUUUUCGUGUCCGAUCAACAUGUUGAGAAAGCUGGCCCGUGAAACCUACACACACUUGCUCCCCCGACCCACAACGAUACCUUCCGAUCCCCAGAGCUUUUCUCUUACACGGGUAGUGGAUGAUAUGUGGAGCGUUUUAGAAUUGGUGAAAAGCGGAUGGAGUGACGUUUCCCGACCCCAUCGCAUAAUACAGUAUCUACAAAACAAGGAAGGACCCUCUGUUACGCCAGCGGCGUUAAUUUGCUGCGUAGAUGAUGACAGUCUGGGAUACCUGUUUGAGAUUAUAGACGCCAAGGGGAAGAGUCUGAAAGUAACAUUUGAUAAAUGGGGCUUCACGUUUGGAUCGGGUCUACAUUUCUCCGGACUCACAAGUCUGCUGUCACAUAUCUGUGAGGUCGAUGGAGUACACUUUGUGAUUAACUGUAGAUUCUUGCUCACUGCGAGCGAACCGGAGCGUCCGAUGUAAGACGUGUGUGUGUGUGUGUGUGUGUGUGUGGGGGGGGGUGUAAAGAGUUUGCGAACUUGUUUUUUUUUCCUUCAAGUGUUUGUAUGAGCAUGCUUCUAUAGAAAGAUUUAGGAAGAACUGCCGCUGAAAUGUGCCUAAAAAUGCAUUAUUAUUAUUAUUAUUAUUAUUAUUAUUAUUAUUAUCAUUAUUAUUAAAAUGUGAAUUCGUGCUGUAGCUUAUGCUUGCUUACAUAUUCUCGCUUGCUCAAUAAAGAUGCGAAAGCUGGCAAUUUUGCUUCAGAUGAUGACUUUAUUUGCGCGCAUCACACCAUAGAUUACAACACAACAUUGUUUUAUGGCUAAAAGUCAUAAUAGUAGCUGUACCAAUCCUCAAAGGACAUCUCGUCAUUCAUCAUUAAAAUUCAACUUUGUCCUUCUGAUCAAAACAUCAUUGCUCAACAGUGUGGUAUCGGCUAGAGAUAUCAGGUCAUCUCUCGCCUCCCCUCCGUCUGCUCAUUAUUAUUAUUAUUAUUAUUAUUAUUAUUAAUUUGUUAAUUUUAUUAUUAUUAUUAUUAUUAUUAUUAUUAUUAUUAUCAUUAUUAUCAUUAUUAUCAUUAUUAUUAUUACUAUAUGUGUGUGAGUAUAUAUUUCCACAUUGGGGACAGUGUGACCCCUAAGACGUGGGAUGCAGGUUUUUUUUUUUUUACUGUGUGAGGACUACAGGACUUUUCACCGGGUCAAAAAGACCCCAGUCAUCACUGGGUCAAAAAGACCCCAGUCAGUACCCCAGUCAGUGUGACCCCUGAGACGUGGGAUGUAGGUCUUAACUUGAGGACAACAGGAGGGAUAAGGCAAUCCACCAGAAAUAUGCCUGACAGAAGUUCAGUCUCUUAUUGUAAGAAAAUAUUCUGGAUGUUAUUGACUCAAAGUAAUGCAGUUAGCGAGUUUGACUCUUUCUACGUGUUUACAUGAAGAGUAUAUAUAUUCUGUGUGUACAGCUGAUGACCCAUACUCUGAAGGAAUUUAAGGAAGACUGUUUGGCCAGUUGACUUUCUCAAAGUUUGUGAAAAGCAGUUCAGGCUUAGCUUGGAAACAGUACCAUGUAAUGUGCAGCACCCUAAAAAGCAUAAAUAAGUGAACUAAGUAACCCUCCCACCCUCACCCACCCCCUCCCUUAUUAUGGCUAGUGGUGGCUCUGGCAUGGCUCUGCCCCUAAGCUCAUUCCAGAGCUUAGGGGCAGCAGCGGCAAAUGCUCUGUCCCCUCUGAGCUUCAGCCUUGUACUGGGGACGGUCAGUAAAAGCUGAUCAGCUGAUCUUAGGGGUCAGGGUGGGCAAUAAGGCUGUAGCAUCUCCGAAAUAUAGGGUGGAGCAAGGUUGUUCAGGCCCUUAAAAACAAAUGCUAAAAGCUUAAAAUGAAUUCUGUACUGAACAGGGAGCCAGUGUAAGGACGCCAGGAUGGGGGUGAUGUGCUCACGCCUGCAGGUCUGUGUCAGGAGACGUGCAGCAGAGUUCUGCAUAAGCUGCAGGCGGGCAAGGGAAGCCUGGCUAAUCCCUACGUACAAGGAGUUGCAGUAAUCAAGACGGGUAGUGAUAAAAGCAUGGAUUAAUUUUUCCAGGUCAGGUCUUGAUAAAAUGGGCUUCACCUUCGCUAUUUGGCGUAGCUGAUAAAAACUUUUUUGUACCACCCCGCUGAUCUGCUUGUCAAAUUUAAAAUCAGGGUCAAAUUUAACUCCCAGAUUAGUGACGACCUCUUUAAGGUAGGGUGAGAGGGAGCCUAGGUCGAAAACCCUUAAAACAGGCAGAAAAAAGAGAAAACUAAAAAAAAGAAAAAGAAGAGUAUUUCUGAAAACAAAAAAAACAACAACAAAAAAACACCCUAAGAAAACUAAAAAACAAAAAAGAAAUAUUUCUGAUUCUUGGGGUUAAGAAAGCCUGAGAAGUGGAAGAAGUAACUUCCCCGAAGUAAGGAACUACUUAAAAAAAAAAAAAACUCUUCAAAAAGAAAUCUCCAAAAACAAAAAUAAAUUAAGACAACUGAUGAAAAAACAAAAAAGAAAAAAAAAAACAUCAACAUGGGAAAAAAAAAAUAAUAAUAAAAAAAAAAAAAAAAAACUACUGGAAAGAAAAUUAAAAAACAACAAACAAAAGCACCCAUAACCCGGUGUUUUUCACACAAAAAAUAAAAUAAACCUUGCGGUUUUCCGUCCCAUGGGAGGGUUUUUAUCCCCCUCCUCGAGCUACCACCUUACCGUGGUGGAGGGGUUUGUGUGUCCCAAUGAGAGUUAAUUCUGAUUUACUCUUGCUGUUGUCAAAAAGUGCUAAAAUUUCUCUGAAUUUCGCAUGUUAAGUAGGCCCAUGUCAGUUUUAAUCCUUGCAGGACUCUUGUUUUCACUUUUCAUCAGCAGAGGAAAAGCUUUUGGAUAACUGAUUAAUAUAGAGUUCAGGGGAAAGUAUAUCUGCAAUGUAUAAUCAAUAAUGACUUUAUCUUCAUGAGUAAAUAUGAUUUGUACAUUUAAAGAGAACUAUUUUUUAAUUUUGGUUCAACAAUGGACAGAAGUAGACAGGCAAGAUGGCGUCUGUAAAGUUCAGUUCAACAGCUGGUGUGUCAUACUAAGUUUUCUUAUUUAACCCAUCAAUACAUAUCAAUUCAUAAAGCAUCUAUUACAAAAACAGCUCAAAUCAAUGUGGGUUAACAGCAGGUUUGAAAAAUACAUGAUUGUUAUAGGGUGUGCUUUUUUUUACAUUUAAAUGUGAAAAAUUCAAAUGUAAACAAACAACAAGAGAAUAUGGCAUCAAAGGAACAAUUCCGUGAUGACAUCAUUAUGACAUCAUCACGGCUUUCAUCUCGUGUUACUAACUGGAAGUAGAGCAGCUGUCCAGGGUAUCGUUUGAACCUUUCAGCGAGUAGCUACACUUAAAGAAAGAGACAAUCGAAAUCUUCAAAGUAAAAACGUGGAAGAAAGCGAAAAGCAAAGAUGGAAAACAUGUCCGAGGAAACCCACGGCGAAAUGACGGAUCCACAGCACGUCCACCUAAGGUAAGGAGAAAAAAAACGGUUCAAGGGGUCCCUGUGUGAAGGUGUUUCUAUAAAACCGCGCCUCAACCUUUUUCUUUCUGCUCCUUUUCAUUCACAUGAAAAUUUUUCCUUGUUUGUAUUGAAUGUGUCAUAUACUAACAGACUGAAAUAAAGUAUGUACACAGCGCCCUGACUUUAUUGAAAUGAAGUCAUGUGUUUGGAGGUUAAGGCUCUGUUUGUGUAGAUACCAACAGUUUGGGUCGGGUCAGAACUGCUGACAUUCAUACAGCUCAUUCAGACGACUCAGAGAAUGAGAGUAUUUGGAAUUUUCCAAUAUUUAUCAUGUCUCAGAUUUGUGCACAUCAGUUUGUGAAUGACAGAUAUUGUAUAGAAAGACUUAGCUUUCAGACCCUUUACAACAAGAUCUUCAGUGCUUCUCAUCUUUUUCUUUUAGCUUCCCAUCUGAAAGCUCUGUGGAGGAAAUGGCUCAAGACAGACCAGAUCAAGAUGAGACAGAGAAAACGGAGAUUGAUAACAGCAUCAUACAGAGACUUCAAGACAGACCAGAUCAAGAUGAGACAGAGAAAACGGAGAUUGAUAACCGCAUCAUACAGAGACUUCAAUCUGGCUGGAUAGGCACUCUUCAUGUCGUUUUCCUGGUGCUGCUUUUAGUCCUAAUCACUGUCAUUGUUGGCCUGAGCAUCAAUGUUAAGCAGUUACAGAAAGAAAGGAGUCAGCUGAGACAGCUUCUAGAAUCAACACACAUGGGACUGAACCACACCAUGGAAGUAAAUCAAAAAGUGAGCCAGAGUCUGAACUUCACCGUGGAAGAAAAUCAAAAACUGAGGCUGAGUCUGAACUACACCAUGGAGGAGAAUCUGAACCUGAGCCUGAGUCUGAACAACACCAUGGAAGAAAAUCAGAAAUUGAGCAGAAGACUAAACUACACCAUGGAAGAAAAUCAGAAAUUGAGCCUGAGUCUGAACUACACCAUGGAAGAGAAUCUGAACCUGAGCCUGAGUCUGAACAACACCAUGGAAGAAAAUCAGAAAUUGAGCAGAAGACUAAACUACACCAUGGAAGAUAAUCAGAAAUUGAGCAGAAGACUAAACUACACCAUGGAAGAUAAUCAGAAAUUGAGCCUGAGUCUGAACUACACCAUGGAAGAUAAUCUGAAACUGAGCCGAAGACUCAACCACACCAAGGAAGAAAAUCAAAAACUGAGCCUGAUUCUGAGCUACUCCAUGGAAGAAAAUCAGAGACUGAGCCGAAGACUAAACCACACCAUGGAAGUAAAUCAAAAAGUGAGCCAGAGUCUGAACUUCACCGUGGAAGAAAAUCAAAAACUGAGGCUGAGUCUGAACAACACCAUGGAGGAGAAUCUGAACCUGAGCCUGAGUCUGAACAACACCAUGGAAGAAAAUCAGAAAUUGAGCAGAAGACUAAACUACACCAUGGAAGAUAAUCAGAAAUUGAGCCUGAGUCUGAACUACACCAUGGAAGAUAAUCUGAAACUGAGCCGAAGACUCAACCACACCAAGGAAGAAAAUCAAAAACUGAGCCUGAGUCUGAGCUACUCUAUGGAAGAAAAUCAGAGACUGAGCCGAAGACUAAACCACACCAUGGAAGUAAAUCAAAAAGUGAGCCAGAGUCUGAACUUCACCGUGGAAGAAAAUCAAAAACUGAGGCUGAGUCUGAACUACACCAUGGAGGAGAAUCUGAACCUGAGCCUGAGUCUGAACAACACCAUGGAAGAAAAUCAGAAAUUGAGCAGAAGACUAAACUACACCAUGGAAGAUAAUCAGAAAUUGAGCCUGAGUCUGAACUACACCAUGGAAGAGAAUCUGAACCUAAGCCUGGGUCUGAACAACACCAUGGAAGAAAAUCAAAAACUGAGGCUGAGUCUGAACUACACCAUGGAAGAGAAUCUGAACCUGAGCCUGAGUCUGAACAACACCAUGGAAGAAAAUCAAAAACUGAGGCUGAGUCUGAACUACACCAUGGAAGAGAAUCUGAACCUGAGCCUGAGUCUGAACAACACAAUGGAAGAAAAUCAGAAAUUGAGCAGAAGACUAAACUACACCAUGGAAGAUAAUCAGAAAUUGAGCCUGAGUCUGAACUACACCAUGGAAGAUAAUCUGAAACUGAGCCGAAGACUCAACCACACCAAGGAAGAAAAUCAAAAACUGAGCCUGAGUCUGAGCUACUCCAUGGAAGAAAAUCAGAGACUGAGCCGAAGACUAAACCACACCAUGGAAGUAAAUCAAAAAGUGAGCCAGAGUCUGAACUUCACCGUGGAAGAAAAUCAAAAACUGAGGCUGAGUCUGAACUACACCAUGGAGGAGAAUCUGAACCUGAGCCUGAGUCUGAACAACACCAUGGAAGAAAAUCAGAAAUUGAGCAGAAGACUAAACUACACCAUGGAAGAGAAUCUGAAUCUGAGCCAAAGAUUAAACCACACCAAGGAAGAAAAUCAAAAACUGAAGCUGAGUCUGAACUACACCAUGGAGGAGAAUCUGAACCUGAGCCUGAGUCUGAACAGCACCAAGGAAGAAAAUCAAAAACUGAGCCUGAGUCUGAGCUACUCCAUGGAAGAAAAUCAGAGACUGAGCCGAAGACUAAACCACACCAUGGAAGUAAAUCAAAAAGUGAGCCAGAGUCUGAACUUCACCGUGGAAGAAAAUCAAAAACUGAGGCUGAGUCUGAACUACACCAUGGAGGAGAAUCUGAACCUGAACCUGAGUCUGAACAACACCAUGGAAGAAAAUCAGAAAUUGAGCAGAAGACUAAACUACACCAUGGAAGAAAAUCAGAAAUUGAGCCUGAGUCUGAACUACACCAUGGAAGAGAAUCUGAACCUGAGCCUGAGUCUGAACAACACCAUGGAAGAAAAUCAGAAAUUGAGCAGAAGACUAAACUACACCAUGGAAGAUAAUCAGAAAUUGAGCCUGAGUCUGAACUACACCAUGGAAGAUAAUCUGAAACUGAGCCGAAGACUCAACCACACCAAGGAAGAAAAUCAAAAACUGAGCCUGAGUCUGAGCUACUCUAUGGAAGAAAAUCAGAGACUGAGCCGAAGACUAAACCACACCAUGGAAGUAAAUCAAAAAGUGAGCCAGAGUCUGAACUUCACCGUGGAAGAAAAUCAAAAACUGAGGCUGAGUCUGAACUACACCAUGGAGGAGAAUCUGAACCUGAGCCUGAGUCUGAACAACACCAUGGAAGAAAAUCAGAAAUUGAGCAGAAGACUAAACUACACCAUGGAAGAAAAUCAGAAAUUGAGCCUGAGUCUGAACUACACCAUGGAAGAGAAUCUGAACCUGAGCCUGAGUCUGAACAACACCAUGGAAGAAAAUCAAAAACUCAGGCUGUGUCUGAACUACACCAUGGAAGAAAAUCAGAAAUUGAGCAGAAGACUAAACUACACCAUGGAAGAUAAUCAGAAAUUGAGCCUGAGUCUGAACUACACCAUGGAAGAUAAUCUGAAACUGAGCCGGAGACUCAACCACACCAAGGAAGAAAAUCAAAAACUGAGACUGAGUCUGAGCUACUCCAUGGAAGAAAAUCAGAGACUGAGCCGAAGACUAAACCACACCAUGGAAGUAAAUCAAAAAGUGAGCCAGAGUCUGAACUUCACCGUGGAAGAAAAUCAAAAACUGAGGCUGAGUCUGAACUACACCAUGGAGGAGAAUCUGAACCUGAGCCUGAGUCUGAACAACACCAUGGAAGAAAAUCAGAAAUUGAGCAGAAGACUAAACUACACCAUGGAAGAGAAUCUGAAUCUGAGCCAAAGAUUAAACCACACCAAGGAAGAAAAUCAAAAACUGAGGCUGAGUCUGAACUACACCAUGGAGGAGAAUCUGAACCUGAGCCUGAGUCUGAACAACACCAUGGAAGAAAAUCAGAAAUUGAGCAGAAGACUAAACUACACCAUGGAAGAGAAUCUGAAUCUGAGCCAAAGAUUUAACCACACCAAGGAAGAAAAUCAAAAACUGAGCCUGAGUCUGAACAGCACCAAGGAAGAAAAUCAAAAACUGAGCCUGAGUCUGAGCUACUCCAUGGAAGAAAAUCAGAGACUGAGCCGAAGACUAAACCACACCAUGGCAGAAAAGUCACAGCUUCAAGUGCAGAUUGAGGAGAUGAAAAUCAUAUUGAAUUCUACUAUGGAAAACCGUGACUCUUUCAGAAAAGACAAAAUCAAAUAUCAACAGCUUUUGAUCAAUGAAAGGCAGACCUCAACUCAACUAAAAGCUGAAAAUCAACGUCAACAAUCAAUUCUGAUGUCGGAGAAACUAUCUUUCCUCUGGAGAUUCUGUGAUAAAGGCACCCUGCAAUGUUCACGCUGCCUUCCUGGUUGGGCCGAGCACGCCACACGCUGCUUCCAUUUGGCAUCACAACCAAUGAAGUGGGAAGAUGCUCGUAGGGAGUGUUUUAAUGAAGGUGCUGACCUGGCUGUUGUCUUGAAUGCUGCAGACCAGGCAUUUCUGACCAACAUGACUUUCCAGUUUACACAGCAGCAUCCAAAUGUACUGUUCCAUUCAGCAUGGAUCGGGUUGCAGGACAUGGUGCAGGAUAACAGAUUUGUGUGGGUAAAUGGUAUCAAGUCCAAGUCAGAUUUGAAGUUCUGGAUGCCUGGAGAGCCAAACAAUGCUGCGGCUCAAUGGGACAAAGACCGUGCAGGACAGGACUGUGUUGCCAUUGUCCCUCCAAAGACUGUUGGACAGAAAGGCUGGCUGAACUCCUGGGAUGAUAUUGUCUGUCGAGGCCAGCGGCACUACAUUUGUGAAACCAAAGCUCUUAUUUUGUCUGGAGUGAAAACUGAGGAAUGAUGAGUUUAUAACAAUUUAGAAUAAGUAUGAAUUAAUGUGAAAUAAAUGUUCUUUAUUUUGAUAAUGAUAUGGUAUUAUUAUUUGGAUUUUAAUGUGGCCUAUAUAAUAGACUGUUUUUUGUUCUUUUUUUAGUCAUAUCUAUCUAUCUAUCUAUCUAUCUAUCUAUCUAUCUAUCUAUCUAUCACAGAAUGGAGAUGACAUGGAUUAAGGUGAAGUCAGUUGCAAGUUCAACAUUUGUUAAAAAAAAAAAAAGAACAUGUAAGAAUUGACCCUGAGAGCGGCUGUGACCAUAUAAGGAGGCAGAGGCAGGAGAUGAGUUAAACCCACACAGUGGGUAUUUAUUUGCAGUGUAUAAACCAAAAACCAAUAAAACACACCAUGCUCAGUCCAUUGUGCACACGAGAGACUCCCAGCUCAGAGGAAAGCGCUCCCCUAUAUACCCUCCCCGAUUGGGUGCUACCACGUGUAGGGGUGUGGAAAAACUGUAACCAGUUUAAUAUAACUAUUUAAAAAGCACCUACUUAAAAUAUACAAACCUAUGCUCCAGACUAAAUCAUAGAACCUAAUUUCGAGUGUACAUUAAUCACAUACUGUGAUCAUCCUCCCAAUUAAAUGUUACACGUGGCACUGUUCACCCCCCAUACCCAUCUGCCAGUUGGAACCCUCCCGGAACGCUAAAAGGCCGUUUGUUUCCCCGGGGACUCUUUUACAUGUGCACCCUGGGAGUGGAGACAGAAAGGCACAGGUAAGUGUUCACAAUAUUCACGUCAAACUGAUUUUAAACUGCACUACUUCCACCUUUUACUCAAGCACACAAAUAUGCUGAAACCCUCAUCCACAUCGUGUGCACUGUGUUACAGGUGGUGCGGCUAAAUUAACCCCCGGCUACCGGACGAGCUACCGGACGUCCCCGGAGAACACCUAUACAAAUACACACAUACACACACACACACACACCAUUAACCAAAUCAGAAUUAAAGUAUUUUGACUGAAAUACCUCUGUGGCUCAUCAUUUGCUAAUCAUGUGUAGCUUUUAAUUUAACAACCCUCAAUGUUGUGUCUACCUGCACUAUAUAUAUAUAUAUAUCAACACUGCUUAGCUGCCCCAAUCCUCAGCUACUCACUGCAGUAGUAACGGAGACAACAGAGGCCUCCGUUACAUUUCCUUCCCCCUCUCCCUUAGCUGCACAGUACCUUGUUACACAGGGUUACGGGACAGACAGUCAGCUACCAGGUUGGAUUUCCCCGGCCGGUACUUGACCACAAAGUUGUAGGGCUGCAUGGCGAGGUACCACCCUGCGAUACGCAUAUUUGCAUCCUUCAUCCGGUGCAGCCACUGGAGCGCUCGAUGAUCCGUCUCCAUGGUAAACUGGCGCCCCAACAGGUAAUACCUCAGAGACUCAGUGGCCCACUUCAUUGCAAGGCACUCCUUCUCAAUUGUGGAGUAACGGGUCUCUCGAUCCAGCAACUUCCUGCUGAGGAACAAGACAGGCUUCAUCUCGCCUUCCACUUCUUGGAGCAGCACCGCCCCAAUGCCAACUCCGGAGGCAUCCGUUUGGAGGGUGAAGGGCCUGUCAAAAUCCGGGCUUUGCAGAACUGACUCCACACUGAUGGCUUGCUUCAGGUCCCUGAAGGCUUCUUCACAUUUUUCAGUCCACCGAACUUUGGCAGAUGCUGAGGCCUUAGUUAGAUCUGUCAAAACAGCAGCUCUCUCUGACAGAUGUGGGAUGAACUUACGAUACCACCCAACAAGUCCCAGGAAAGACUUCACUUUCUUCUUUGUGGUUGGAACUGGGUACGAGGUGAUGGCUUCCAACUUGCUCACUUGUGGGCGAAUCACCCCAUCCCCGAUGAUAUAUCCCAAGUACUCCACCUCCUUCUGAGCGAAGAUGCACUUUCGAGGAUUGAUGGUCAGUCCCGCAGCCUUGAUACAAUGAAGGACCCGUGUCAGAUGGGCCAUGUGCUCCUCCCAGGUUUGGCUAUAAACCACCACAUCGUCCAAGUAUGCUGCUGAAAACGCCGACACUUCUCGCAGGACCUGGUCCAUGAGCCUUUGAAAUGUUGCAGGUGCCCCCUGGAGCCCAAACGGCAUAACACGGAAAUGGAAAAGGCCAUAAGGUGUUGCAAAAGCUGUCAGCUUCUUCGCCUCAGGUGCUAAGGCCACUUGCCAGUAACCUUUGCUCAGAUCUAGUGUACUGAUGUACUUGGCUUUCCCAACCCUCUCCAGCAACUCAUCAAUUCUGGGCAUUGGGUAUGGGUCAAACUUGGAGAUGGCGUUAAGAUACCUGAAGUCAAUGCAGAACCUUAGGGAACCAUCCUUUUUUGGCACCAAGACAACUGGGCUGCACCAUUCACUGUCCGACACUUCAAUGAUCCCCAACUCCAACAUUAGCUGGAUCUCCUUUUUCAGCUCAGGCACCAGGCGCUCAGGGAUGCGAUAGCUUCUCUUGCGGCUAGGAGCAGUCUCCUUCAGGUGAAUGCUGUGUUGGACCAGAUCAGUAAAACCUGGCUUCUCCUGGAACAAUUCUGGAUCCAGGAGGGCUUCCACACCCUUCUGUUGGUCAGGUGUUAGAUGUGCUACCUCCACCUGACUGACUCCUGCUGGACUUGUCGGAAAGAACUGCUCCUCCACCUCCUUCUCCUCAGCUGCCUGGAUGAAAAAAUGCUGUGACACUGGCUCUGGACAAUCAUGAAAUUCCUUCAACAGGUUAAUGUGAAACGUUUGGUGCUUUUUUGCUCUAUCAGGCAUAUGAAUUUCAUAAGAAACCGCACCGACCUUUUUCGUGACCUCAUAUGGCCCCUGCCAUUUUGCAAGCAGUUUGCUUUCACUUGAGGGCAGCAGCAGCAGCACUUUCUGUCCAGGCUGGAAAACCCGUUCCCUGGCCUUCUGGUCAUACCAGGUUUUUUGUUUCUCUUGGGCCAUGGUCAUGUUCUCUUUUGCUAGCGUAGCCAUCUUUUCCAACCUCUCUCUCAUCUUCACCACAUACGCCACAAUGCUCUCUCCUGAAGCCUUUGGAUCCUCCCAGUAAUCCCUCAGAAGGUCAAGAGGUCCUCUCACCUGGCGUCCAUAAAGCAAUUCAAACGGUGAGAAGCCCGUGGAAGCUUGUGGCACCUCUCUGUAGGCGAAGAGGAGGUAUGGCAACCACUGGUCCCAGUCAGAGCCUGUCUGUGACACAAACUUGCGCAACAUGUUCUUUAAAGUUUGGUUGUACCUUUCUACAAGCCCAUCUGUUUGGGGGUGAUAUGGGGUAGUUUUAAUGCCCUUUACUCCUAGGAGCUGGUACACUUGCCUCAACAACUUGGACAGGAAGUUGGUUCCACAAUCUGUGAGGAUUUCUUUGGCUAUUCCUACCCUGGAGAACAACUGCAGCAAACAAUUAGCCACAUGCCUAGCUUUUACUGAUCUAAGGAGAAAAGCCUCUGGGUAACGUGUGGCAUAAUCACACAUUACCAGAAUGUACCGGUUUCCAGAAGCACUCUUCUCUAAGGGCCCCACUACAUCCAUGCCUAUUCUCUCAAAUGGUGUUUCAAUGAGUGGUAAUGGCUGUAACAGAGCUUUCGUCACCCCCUUUCCUGCUGUAACCUGACAGAUUGAACACGAGUUGCAAAAUUUGGAAAGCUGGGUGUACAUACCCGGCCAUACAAAGCGGUUACUUACACGGCGUAAUGUCUUGUGAAAUGCCAUGUGCCCUGCCCAAGGAAUGGAAUGGCCUAGCUCCAUGAUGGUGUGCCUGAGUGACUGUGGAGCUGCUAAUGCCUGAGUACUACCCUGACACUGGUAAAGGAUACCCUUCUCAAUCAUAUAGGUAACCUCCUCCAGACAGCCUGCACUUCCCUGACUGACCCCAUCAACCUUGGAAACCUUCUGAAACCACCGCUGUAGAGUAGGAUCCUUUCUCUGUAAUUCACCUACAUUAAGUGGAAUAUCCACAUCUAAGGGCGGGCUGGGUUGGGGAAUCUCAUCCUUUUCUCUCGGGGCACCCAAAAACGUGUCCCUUCGCUUUUGGACUCUGGAUCUUCGCAGCUUCUCUACACCCACCUCCAGCUCUGCUUCAUAAAAUGGUAACUCACUGAGGGUGUUUCUCGCACUUUGAGCCCUGGUGACUACAUGACAUUCUUUAACCUCUGUCCCUGAAUUCUCUCCUGACUUCACCUGAAGGGGUUCUGGCUCUCCCGGGAUUUCCAGCACCUCAUCACAAACAGUAGGCAAGGGACUCUGCUUCUGGGGGUCCUGCACUAAAUCCAAAAGUGUAGGCACAUCUAGUCCUAAAAUGACGGGGUAUGGGAGUUGGGGCACUAAAGCCACUGAGAGGAGAAAGGUCUGACCACCCACUGUUAAAUACACCUCUGCAGUAGGGUAAGGCCUAACAUCCCCGUGUACACAUCCAAUAUCAGCUUUCUCAUCAGCCCACUGCUCUCUGGGUACCAAGCUAGCCCUUACCACUGUCUGAAAACUGCCCGAGUCAACAAGAGCUUCUUCCCGCUGACCAUUUAUCAGUACUGGAACCUUCCUACCACUUUCCUGAGUGCCUGGUUCCUGCAUCGUGGGUCUAGGGACAGAGCAGAGGAGAGAUAGCUUGCUUCUUCCUGCAGCUGGACAAGUGUACUGAGUAUGGCCUAACUCAUUACAGUGGUAACACCUGACAUCUGACUUAGCUGGCUUAUUAGCAUGGACAGGUCUACUCUGAGCAUUCUGUUUAUUACCGGGGAACCUGCCUUGAGUCUGACCAUGACCCCUGUCCCCCCCAAAGGAUUUAUUUCUCACCCCUGGGCUAUUGCUAUGGUUGGUUGCUAGGCGCGGGUGACCCCUCCUGGCCGACUGAAACACCUCUGCCAGGCGAGCAGCUUCUUCAGCAGUUUUUGGGUCAUGUUCUCGGAUCCAAACUUCCAUCUCUGGAUUCACCAUUCUCAGAAACUGUUCCAUGAUCAACAGCUCAGAAAUGUCUUUGACGGUGGUGGUUUCAGGCUUGACCCAUUUGUUGAACAUUUCUUUCAGGCGAACAUACAGCUCCCGUGGGGUCUCUCCCUGAUGAACGUCCAGGGCCCGAAAUCUUCUCCUGUAAGUCUCAGCAUUUAUUUCAUAUUUUGCCAGGAUUGCCUCUUUCACUCUCUCAUAAUCAUCUGAAGAAUCGAUGUCCAUAAGCACAUAAGCACUGCGUGCCUUACCAGUCAGCAGGGGAAUGAGCCUAACUGCCCACUCGUCCUGAGGCCAAUGGCAGACAUGGGCCAUUCUUUCAAAAGUGGCCAGAAAGUGCUCAACAUCAUCUUCAGGGGACAAUGGCAGGAGCUUGGGCUCUGGAUGAGUGUGCAGGCCUCGCUGCAGCCUUACUAUGCGAUGUCCGGAUCGGUCCAUCUCCCCCUGAUCCUCUUCAUAGCGGACUCCACUUGCACGCUGCUCCUCACCUCCCGCUUGCUCCUGUUGCUGCUCUUCUCUCAUCUCAGUUACCUGGGCCUGGAUCUGCCGAAACUGGUGCUCCAUAUUCCGCCAUCUCAACUCUUGGCGGGAAUGUUCUUUUUCCUGCUGCUUAUCUCUCACGGCUUGUGUCUGCAUGAAAGACUUCAUCAUACUCGUCAGCUCUUCCAGCUGAUUACCUCCACUGCUUGCCAUGGCCCCUUCAUCUGCAGCUGAUGGUGCUGGACCCUCCUCGGGUUCUUCCCGUCGCUCAUCUCUCUUUCCUCCUCUAGUCAUCUUUGCCUCCUUAAUCAGGUCAACAUCCCACUUCUGACACCACUUGUAAGAAUUGACCCUGAGAGCGGCUGUGACCAUAUAAGGAGGCAGAGGCAGGAGAUGAGUUAAACCCACACAGUGGGUAUUUAUUUGCAGUGUAUAAACCAAAAACCAAUAAAACACACCAUGCUCAGUCCAUUGUGCACACGAGAGACUCCCAGCUCAGAGGAAAGCGCUCCCCUAUAUACCCUCCCCGAUUGGGUGCUACCACGUGUAGGGGUGUGGAAAAACUGUAACCAGUUUAAUAUAACUAUUUAAAAAGCACCUACUUAAAAUAUACAAACCUAUGCUCCAGACUAAAUCAUAGAACCUAAUUUCGAGUGUACAUUAAUCACAUACUGUGAUCAUCCCCCCAAUUAAAUGUUACACGUGGCACUGUUCACCCCCCAUACCCAUCUGCCAGUUGGAACCCUCCCGGAACGCUAAAAGGCCGUUUGUUUCCCCGGGGACUCUUUUACAUGUGCACCCUGGGAGUGGAGACAGAAAGGCACAGGUAAGUGUUCACAAUAUUCACGUCAAACUGAUUUUAAACUGCACUACUUCCACCUUUUACUCAAGCACACAAAUAUGCUGAAACCCUCAUCCACAUCGUGUGCACUGUGUUACAGGUGGUGCGGCUAAAUUAACCCCCGGCUACCGGACGAGCUACCGGACGUCCCCGGAGAACACCUAUACAAAUACACACAUACACACACACACACACACCAUUAACCAAAUCAGAAUUAAAGUAUUUUGACUGAAAUACCUCUGUGGCUCAUCAUUUGCUAAUCAUGUGUAGCUUUUAAUUUAACAACCCUCAAUGUUGUGUCUACCUGCACUAUAUAUAUAUAUAUCAACACUGCUUAGCUGCCCCAAUCCUCAGCUACUCACUGCAGUAGUAACGGAGACAACAGAGGCCUCCGUUACAGAACAAUAUGACUGGAAUGAGCGUUUAAUCAAAUAAAUGUGAACAGAAACAUUUUUAGGGCAGAAAAACAUCAUCACGAGACUUUUGGAUUUCUGUCCUGCAGUUAUGGAAGAAUAUGAGGUAACACCGGGAAAUAAACCUCUGUUCAUCCCAUGGUGGAGAAAUUUAUAUUAAUUUAUAUAAUAAGGCAAUGUUAUGGAUUUAAGACAGCUAUUUUUGUCAGAAUUGAUAUUGAAUGGUAGCAGAGUACAGGAACAAUAGAAACCUUGUCAUAUUGAAAAGUGUUUGCAGUUAUUUGGGACAGGUAAAAAUGUGUGAUCUUUCAAAACACAAACUCAUUUUUUAGCGAAGAGAGGGUCAUACUUUUUGCUCUUUUGAAAAGGACUGAAUCCAAUUUGAACUCCUUAGCUGGCAGGCUGACACUACUCUGGCCUUCCAAGGGAGGGCAGCAUCUCCCCUUCAGCUGUUUCAUCACAGCUGUAGUUAUUCACAUUUCCACCAUUUGACUUUCAGUUUCGCUCAACAUAACGUUUUCAGCAAAAAUAAAAAAUAAAAAAAGAGGGCAUAUAUUCUUACUCUACACUCAUAGAUAGUAUAUAUAUAUAUAGGCCUACAGUCUAUGUCAGUGGUUCUCAACUGGUCUCACUCUGGGACCCACACUUUUUUAUGGUCCUUAUGUGGCAACCCACUUUUAUAAAAUUCAAACCAGGCAAAUUUAUUUUUUAUAAAAAACGAACCUUUACAGACUCAAAUCUUUGACAUAAAUACUCCUAUUUUGUUGAAUAAAGUGCAUUUCAGAGCACAUGAACUGAGGGCGACAACUACUUAAGUUUCGUAUACAGAAAAUAUCAAAUAUCAAAUUGCACACAAUGGAGACAAGCAAAAUGAAAUAUUUGACUUAUUUGCAUCUCUGCUUUCAGAGCAUAUUCAGAAGAACACGAGGAGGACCGAGCAACAGCAUUGACAAAAGUGAAUAAAUAUCAAAUUGCACAAAAUAAAGACCAUGAAAAACAUGUAAUUUUACUGCAUUCAGGCCACAUUAAUAAGAAACCGAGGAGGACCAUGACAUGAUGCGUGCCUUUCAAAAUAAGCUAUUUUUCAAAAUAAAAAAACAUGUCAAACAUCAGAUGCGUAUUAAAUAUUUACUUUUUUGAUCAGCUGUUCACGACCCAUCCAGAACGUGUCUGGGACCCACUUUUGGGUCGGGACCCACCAGUUGAGAACCACUGUUCUAUGGUUACGCCACACAAUCUCAUUCAGUUUACAGUAUAUGCUGAAGUCCCGCCCAUACCGGAACAGGAUUGGUCCCCUCUGCUGUUGGCGCUUCCCAUCAGCUUCUAUGAUUGGAUAUAUUCAUUUUGGACGGCGGCUGUUACGUCAUUAUUUCCAACCGUGUAAGGUGUUAAAUUUCAAAUCUACUCAUUGUGGCUGGAGCAUGGUGCUGGUGCAGGUAAUGCUCUGUCAUUUCACUGAAAAAUGCGAGAUUGUUCUCCUAAAUAAACACGAACCAACCAAAGAAAAGGAAAGAACCACCACACGAAGCAUUGCGACUUAAUCAUCAGGCAGGUUGAAUUUUACACCCCUCUCACCCCCUAAAUAAGAGACCAUAUUCAUCUGCUGUUUCGUCUCCUUUAAUCGCUUUUCAUCAGGAUGUCGGUACUCUCGUUAGUGCUACUGCUGCUAUACCCACAUACAGCAACUGUCUCAAAUGGUUUGUUUUGAUUUUCCUUUCUGUUCAGAACUUCGCCUAUUUAUUUGUAUAACUUUUAUUUUUUGCUGUGUUUUGUUUGCACCUGAUAGGAAUGCCUCCCAUUUCAUUGUACAUUUACAAUAACAAUAUCAAGAUAUUCUACCCUAGUGUAUUCUAUUUGACCUGGCACUAGACCUCUUAUUUUGUCGACUUUCAGUUUCCGUUCCCCACUCCAUUACCCACGCAGAAAGUGUUUCCUCUGCCCGACCUUUCUCCUACAGGUGGCGAUCACUUCAAGCUGAUCAUCCAGACUUUUUAAAUUAAUAUUUCUUUUCCCCCUUUCUUUCUUGCUACUGAAAACUCCAAUAAAUCUGACAAUUACUCUGAGGAGAGGAUCUGGGUUUCAGGGUGGAGAAUACACCGGUUGCAGGACAGUGCGCGAGACGGUGAAGCAUGGGCUGGAAAUGUCAAAUUUAUUGCGGUUUACAAAAGCUCUACAACAUCCGGUUUAGCUGUCAAUAUAAACCUGGGAUAAUAAAGGUUUGGGGGGAAACGCAAAUAUCAUUUCCAGAGUAACAUGUGGUCAUAGGUUUACACAGGUUCAAGUAUAUAUCUUGAACUUUUUUAAAGAUAAGUCUAUCUAUCUAUCUAUCUAUCUAUCUAUCUAUCUAUCUAUCUAUCUAUCUAUCUAUCUAUCUCUUAAACUUUUCUAAAGAUCCAUAUUCAUGUCCUGUGCACAGCAUUAUCAGUCCUUGUAGCUUGCAGGUGAUGGUAGGAGCCACAGAGGGGACUGAAUACCUCCUUUUUUCAACCCUGGUUCCAUCCUUUAAGCCUUUUAACAACAACAAUAAUAGUAAUAAUAAUAAUAAUAAUAAUAAUAAACUUUAUUUGUAUGGCACUUUUCUUGAACAGUUGUCACAAAGUGCUUUAUAGUCAUCAAAAUAAAAAGGGUCAGACAACAAGACAUAAACCUUAACAAAAAGUACACUUGCAGCCAAAGUCCCGGGGCCUAUUCUACGAAGCAGGAUUACUGCUUAGCAAGGUAACUUCGAGGGUAAGUUCGGGGUUUCCUGUUCUACGACACGGGUUCACUUCUUAGCGAGGUGAGUCUCCAUGGCAACGUACGCUGAACGGCUAACCUGCUCUGGGGCAGGUUAGGUUCCAGAUUGAACUCACCGAGUAUAAAAACCCCACCCACUGACCAAUGAGCUCUCUCAAAAAAUGGCUUGUCUGUUCUUGGAGGAUCCUAUAGACCUUGGUGCUGGCAUUGUUCGAGGAGCACUCCGGCGCGCGAGAGUUUUCAGGGACUGCAUGGACCCACUUACUUUUCUGGAUGACCACCUUUAUGAAAGGCUCAAAAAAUGUAAACAUGAUAGGAAUGAACAAAUGAAUGAAUUCAUCUUGGAAAUAAAUUAGACAUGUCUGGUGCAUGUUAAAAGCGCAUGUUGAACAGUGCUAUUUCAGGGUUAUAAUGGCAUCAAAGAUUUUUUGCGCAUUAUAUUUACGCAUUGAGACUGUCUGCAAUUUUCUGCGGUCUUUCGCUCUCUGGCCGGCUCUGACGCUCCAGACUGGUCCAUGUUCGCGAUCGGUCCGAUGCGACGGGCUCUGCCUUACCUGCGUGCACGCGCUCAUAGCAAAGCUGGAUCCACUUACGAGGUUGAUAACCAGUGUCGUAAGACCGUUUAGCGAGACCGCUGGCUACCGCGUUAAGUUCAGCGAGGUAGCUCCAAGGCUACCUCGCUAGGUCAAACUUGCUUCGUAGAACAGGCCCCUGGUCAUACCAAAGCGAUUGUAAACAAAUGGGUUUUCAACAGCUUUUUGAAAAUAUACACAGUGUCCACAAGUUCCCUUUUAGAGCUAAAACUAAUCUACAAAAGCUUUUUAUAGGCCCUAAAGAGGAAUAAUGUACUACCUUCCCAAAAAUUUACUUUGGAAUAUGAUGCAGAGAAAAUAUACUUCUUGGAUUGACCUACUUCCCAUUCCUUCCUCUCUUGAUGUUGUAAGUGGACUGGUUGUUAUUCUUAUACAUAAUAUACUCUUACCGUGAGGCUUUGUGUAUCAUUACUGAACAAAUGCACAUUGUAUCCUCCUUAUUGAAUGAUUAUUGAUUUAAUCUAAGUUUUUUUUUUUUUUUUUCCUUUGCUUACAAGUGAUUUAACGAGAAGGCCAAAGCUGUCUCUCUUCCUCCUCAGCAACCACCUUCCUCUUCAUUAAAGGGUCUAUAGGUCUCUUUGGUGGUAUUUUUGUAAAGAUGCUGUUAUUUCAAACUAGCAUGCUUUGUAUCCAAUGUUUUAUUCUGUGUUGUUCUAGAUGAAAUGAGGAUUUGCAGUAAAUGGACACGAAGAGAGCUCCACAGGCUACUGUCUGCUGCUGACUGGAUUUAAAAGCAUCUGUGCAGUGGAUCGUGUAGCAUCCUGAUGAAGUUAUUCAGCUCUUCUGUUGAAUCACCUCCUUUUCUGUCGUGAAUUCACAUGAAAUGUCUUCCAUAUGGAUUUCAUUUUCAGUACAGGACUUUCUUGCACAGACCAGCCCACUUUAGUCCACAACCUUUUAGAAUGUUAUGGUAUAUAAAUCUGAAACAGAGCACUAUAUUUCCACAAUUUUGUUUUGUUUUAGUGUAAUUUAUCAAAAAUCACAUUCACACGACAAUUACGGGUACAAGUUUACAGCUAUCAUUUUACAAAUGUAAGAACAUCACACAUUUGUCUUACUAAAAAAAUGUGAAAACCCAUGACAAGUCAUUAUUGGGAAAAUGUAAAUGAAGACUUAGAGAUCCUUGGUCAUACACAUAGACUGUAUAUAUUAUGGACUACUUGGUUCCGCCUCCCGCCAGUAUACGGAUUUGAAGCCAAAAAGCUCUCGGUAAUUCCACAUUUUUUUCUCCACUUCCUGAAACCAACAUUGCACAGUAGUGUUGUACGCACUCCACCACUUGCGCAGUAGUGUUGUACGCAUUCGGCGGGAGAGUCACCGAGAGUGGCUGUGAUGACGCUCGGCUCAAACAGCGUAUCCCCACAGGUGUAUCUUCGUACACCCAUAGGCUGUAUCAAGUGACAAUCAUAGAAAACAUGAACCCCCUAAUAACGUCUAAAAAUGGAGCUGCACAGAAAAAGUACAGUAACUACAUCACAACCAGGGGGGAGAAAUAUUUGUGUUCUGUGGAAUAAAUUUCUAAAGUUUGUCCACAGCUUCAUAUGGAUUGCUGGAGGAGGCGGGAUUUAUGACCUAUACUGCAGCCCGUUACUAGCGGGUGCUGUUUUCGGAACGGCUUCACCCAGCGAGGAGGCAGAUGCUGUCCAUUCUUUAUACAGUCUAUGGUCAUACAUUAUGUCAUUCAAACUCUCUUGUUUUGUUUUAUUUAUUCAAGUAUCACGAGGUCAGACCAUUUUUACUGUACAGUGCUGUAUCAUUAAAUUAUCUGACAUAUUUCAUACAGCUUACUGUAGCUUCUCUUUCUCACAUCCAGACUAACCCCUCUGGACUUCUGUGCUGAGUUGUGGCGCUCUCUCACACUGUAAAAGUCAACAGCUUUUAUUUUGAAGAGCCUCUUUCCGGUUCUUGUGUCGCUGGCUCCGCCUUUGGUUGGCUUUAUAAAGCAGCGAUGUCUCAUGGCAGAUCAGCGGCCAGCCCUGAAAGUCGGAGCGGCGAGAAAAGUACGCGGUGCUCUUUGUUACUGUAAAACUGGUUCCACCUCCGCGACGUCGUUAACAUGAGAAAGAAACUUCUUCACUGACCGCCGGGAAGUGAAAUUUCGGCGAAGGGUCAGUUGUGCCGUUCCCUUCCUGGAACUUCAGCCAGUCCAGCAGCCGUUCAGCUCCGACCACACCCUCCCUGCUUCCUCAUACUGCAGCGGGAGCGCGCAGCACGACUUUGAAUCCCCGGGAAUAACGGCCCUUUCCUCGGCUACCUUUGGGAUUUCAUGUUCGGGGAACUAGACGAAACAUGUGAGUUGACUGUCCAAAGACUUUUGAGCGGUUAUGGCGCUGAAAAGCAAGUGUCAGCAGGGGCUAUGCGGGGCUUCACAUUCUCUGGUCCCGUGUCAAGACGCCUAGAGGAAGAGGAGGAGGAGGAGGAGGAGGGCGGACAGAAGGACGAUGCAUAUGGAGUCCAAGCGACUGCAGCAUUCGCUAGCUUCCAACCCGGGGCUGUGUUUGAAAAAGAAGAGGUUAAAAGUGGAUGGAGGAGUUUGUGCUGUUGGAAAGUCGGGCUCCCGGUCUUUAACUCUGGGGGACUCAUGAAACGAUGGUGCUGAAGGGAAACACGGGUGGUGCCCCGUUUGUACCCAGCAUGAGAAUACCAGGCCGGUCAAAGUCAUUGGAAGCAAGUCGGACAAGACGUCGGUGCUUUUUCAGGCUGCUUACCCUGUCAAGAGUGGACCUAAAAUGACAUCCUAUUUAUUAAUGUAAAGAAAAAAAGAGCGAAGAAUCGAUCAAGCUAAUGUUGAGGGAUGUUUUUCUCUGCUAAAAAAAGACCCAAAGAAAAGACAUCUAGUGUUAAAUAGCAGGAAAGGAUCAGCAGAUGUCAUAAAUCAGGAAUGUGAUCUCCUUUAUGAAAAGAAAUGCAGCUUUUGACUUUGAACAGCUCUCAGUCUGCACUUUGCCUGUUUGGAGGCACCCUGGCACUGCAUUUGGUGUGAUUUCUUCUUAAAGUUCACAGCCUGUGAAGUUUUUUUCUGUUUGACCAAAACUGGGACUGGGAUUAGAUUAACCACAUCUGUAUUUUGCUGGCAUUUAUGUUCAUCUAAAGAGAUAAGAGCAUUUUAUACUGAUAAUUUUAACCCUUGUGCUGCCCUUCAGGGUCAAAAAGACCCAGUCAGUAUACCCUCGCCCUAUUGGGGUGAAUUUAGCCUCCAGUCAGCGUGGACUAAGAUAACCCAUGACUCCUGAUUGUUUUACCCCGCCUGGGUCGAAUAGACCCCAGUCAAGUAUGGAUUUGAGAAUCGUAAACUCGCGCCCCUGCCCUCGGCAGGGUCAAAUAUACCCCACCGUGGUGUACAUAGCCUUUUUUUUUUUUUUUUCAUUUAUUUAUUUAUUUAUUUAUUUUUACUCAUUUGAACUCAUGACUCCUGACGUUCCAGCGCGCAUCUCAAACAGCAUAAACCCCUGGACCCGAUUCUCGCUCAUCCAGUCAAGUAUCCUGUGGUGGUGGCGGCGUUGAGGACCCCCUGUAUUUUACAGCGUGAGGACUGUAAAAAAAAAAAAACAUAAAGCUCUAGGUUUUACUUUCAAGGCUACACUACAUAUAGAGACUAAGAAAACUUGGAAACUUGGAGGACUGGAAAAAAAAUAAAUAAAUAAAAUAAUUUUUAGGAAAGGAUGUCGGUAUCAACAAAAGUUCCAUCUCAAGAGUUGAGUAGAAUAGAGUGAAAACUGUAUUCAUCACGGCAGGGAAACUUAGAGAGUGUCAGAGAGCUUGCAAAUACAGAUAACAACAGCCGCACUACCUAAUUCAUAUAAAUGAGCACAACCUAUCACAAAAUAAAGGCAGUACAGUGAAAAGGCAAGGGGAAUUUGUUUUUACACACGCUUUUGUCUCAGAGAGUUUCACAUAGCAUUAUAAUGCCAACAUCAUCUGCCCUUAGACCCUCACGUCAACUGAGGAAAAAUGGAGAAAUAAGACAAAAAAAAAUUGGAGAAACCUCAGGGUGAGCAACACAGGAGAGAUCCCCUCACCCAGGACGGGGCAGACCUGCAACAGAGGUUCUAUACAGACAAAAACAAACAAACAAAAAAAAAACGGGUUUACUACACAUAAUGUGCCGAACACGACAUUCCAUUGUUGCCUAACAGGAAAACAGAAAAGUUUUCUCAAAAGUGUUGAACACCGACAAAAAGGACCGUAGAGGAGAGACUACAGUACAGUAAGUAUUCUAUAUGUAUCUAUCUAUCUAUCUAUCUAUCUAUCUAUGUAAAGACAUGAAUAUAUUUGCAUUUUUCGUGACUCGUGCGCCCUGAGAGUGGCAGCAAGUCACAGCAGCUCCUCACAGAGUUCGCGUUUUUGCCUUCUUAUUGUUGUUUUUUUGCACCUCAUUUAUACCCUUAUUGUUAUAACUGCAUGUUUGCACUUUUUGUCUUGUCUGUGAUGCUGCUGUGACAAAAAAAAUUUCCCCAUGGGGGGAUCAAUAAAGGAAUAUUCUAUUCUAUUCUAUUUGUGUUUGUUCAUCUUCUCACUCUGUGUGCUUUUAAAGCAAGGGAAUGGCUGUGAUAGCUCCAACAAAACAAUGUGAACGCGUAGUAGUGUAGGGUAUUGUGAAUUCCUAGAACGACAAAAUCUGUUCGGAUUUUGGACAAAACCUGUUCGGAUUUUAGAUCAACUCAGAAAUCCAGUCAAACAAUAAAGUUUCUCUCUCUCUCUCUCUCUCUCUCUCUCUCUCUCUCUCUCUCUCUCUCUCUCCCUCCCCCCUCUCUCAACAUGCGGUAACUGGCUCUCUCUUUCCCUUCACAGUCGCGCUGCAUUUCACAGGGCCGCUUCAUUCCGUUAUUGCCUAGGAGGACAGAAAACAGAAAAGUUUUUCUCAAAAGUGUUGCAGACCGACAACCGGGACCGUAGAGGACAGACCAGAGAACAGUAAGUGUUCUAUAUCUAUCUGUCCCCCGCUCCAGGAUUUGGCCUCUGACGCGCCGCACGUCGACGGAGAGGAGCAGGAAAGUGCGCUCUACCCCCCGGUCACGUCGUCUCUCAGCCUACGCGUCCGUUCUUCUCGUCAGCUGAGCCGGCGACGGCAUGGGGACGGAAAGGACGGACCCGUGGUUCUGAGACGACGCGUCCCCCGCUCCAGGAUUCGGCCUCUGACGCGCCGCACGUCGACGGAGAGGAGCAGGAAAGUGCGCCUCCGCGGCUACGGUCCAAGACCGUCCCGAGGAGGGGAAAGCGCCGAAGGCGAGUUUGGAAAAAGGGAAAAACGCGGGACGGAGGAUUCGUCUGCGAGUCGACGUGCUGAGAAACCCCCGACGCUCUCCUGUUCCCGUUCCGGCCGGCUACCGCCGCGAAGACGUUCUCGACGAGGGAGAAAAGGGCGCGCGACUGCGGCCGAACGUGUGGCGCGCGGAUGGAGACGGAUGGAGGACGCCUGGGCUUUAGAGGUAAGAUGUGUGUGACCUGUGCGCGUGUGUUUUCUACACUGCCUGUGUAUUCUACACUGCCUGUGUAUUCUUUUUUUGUUUGUUUGUUUGUCCCCGCUCCUCGUGUUCGGCCUCUGACCCGCCGCGAGUCGACGGAGAGGAGCAGGAAAGUGCGCUCUCCCCCUUCCCCGGGGGCGUCCGGCCUCCGAGGGCGGCCUCCGCGGCUACGGUCCAAGACCGUCCCGAGGAGGGGAAAACGCCGAAGGUGAGUUUGAAAAACGGAAAAACGCGGGACGGAGGAUUCGUCUGCGAAUCGACAAGAAAACCCCGACGCUCUCCUGUUCCCGUUCCGGCCGGCCUCCGCGGCUACCGCCGCGAAGACGUUCUCGACGCGGGAGAAAAGGCGCGCGACUGCGGCUGAGCGUGUGGCGCGCAUCCUGUGAGGAACGGACGGAGAGAGAGAGGGAAAGAAAGAAAGAAAGAGACAAAGGUUUCAAAGAUUUUUUUUUUAUUUUAUUUUCAUUUCUAAGAGCAGAAAAUACUGUAAAGAUGUCUCAACGCCAACAGAAAGAAAGUGUUUGUACAUAAAAAGUGUUUUCAAAUGAAAAAAAAAUUAUAUAUAUAUAUAUAUAUAUAUAUAUAUAUAUUUAAACAUUAUUUUAUUUAUUUAUUUAUUUUUAAAAAACUACACCUUGCUUCAUCAUACAGUGUUGUUUUUUUUUCUUUCCUCACUGCAGUGUCCCAGAAUGGUGAGGCUUAGCGAAGAGGACAACGCCUGGGCUCCAGAGGCACGAGUCGGCACCCCACCGUAGGGAGUGAAACCACUGUAUCACUCGGUCAGUUGUAAAACACAAAAGUUUGAAUUGUAUAAUCGGCAGAGGUUGGAGAGCGUCGGAGUUGUCGUGUCGUCUCUAAGCCAACGUGUCUGUUCUUCUCUUCCACUGAACCGGUUGCGUUUUACUUUGCACAUUUCAGUCAGGAAGGUGAGCGGCUGGUUCGGAGUUAGAGAAGAACGAAUUCGUGGUUCUGAGAUGACGUGUCCCCGCUCCUCAUAUUUAGUCCUCUGACACAAAGACAUCACAAAAUGUGGACUCGAUAUCACUGACUGUGCUGACUCUGUGUGUGAGUGUGUGUGUGUGUGAGUGUGUGUGUGUGAGUGUGUGUGUGUGUGUGUGUGUGCGUGUGUGUGUGUGUGUGUGUGUGUGUUCCGCACUGCCUGUGCGAGUUUCUCUUUUUGGUUUUACAGCGCUCUCUGCAUGACCGGCCAUUCUGUGAGGGAAGAAGAGAGAAAGACACACGAAGUUUCUCCAGAUUUUAUUUUUCAAUUCUAAGAGCAGAAAAUAUUGCGAAGACGUCUGAACACCAAAAGAAAGAAAGUGUUUGUACAUAAAAAGUGCUUUACAAAUACAUUUUUUUUUUUAAAAGCACGCCUGUCCAAGGCUCGGUGAGGUUUAGGGAAGAGGACAACGCCUGGGCUCCAGAGGCACGAGUCGGCAUCCCACAUGCCGUCGUCGCCGUUACCGCCGUCGACCGGCCCACCCGGACCGACUGAAUAUUCUCUCGUCCACGCCCGCGACAUCGCCUCCGCUUUUUUCAUGUUCGUCACCCCGUCGAUAGAACGCAUCAUCUUGGAGAUGACUAAUUUGGAGGGAUGACGGAAAAUCGGAGACGGCUGGAAACGCAUGGAUGCCGUCGACCUUCGCGCCUACAUGGGGCUGCUGCUUUUAGCCGGCGUCUACAGGUCCCGAGGCGAGGCGACCGCCAGCUUGUGGGACGCUGAGAGCGGACGGUCCAUCUUCCGCGCCACGAUGCCGCUGAAAGUGUUUCACGCCUACUCUAGACUGCUGAGAUUCGACGACCGCGAGUCGAGACCCGCCAGAACCUGGGCAUGCGGGUCGUGCUCGAUGUCACCGAGGGACUGAGGGAUUGCAACGUCACCUGCGACAAUUUCUUCACCUCUUACGAACUCGGGCAGCAGCUGCUGAAAAGGAACAUGACCAUGGUGGGCACCGUUCGAAAAAACAAGCCGGAGCUCCCCCGGCCCUUCUCUCGCCGAAGGGAAGAGCGGUGUUCUCGUCGAAAUUCGCCUUCACGUCGACCACUGCCGCGGUCUCUUACGUGCCCAAGAAAAACAAAAACGUGCUGCUGGUUAGCACGAAGCACACGGAGGCCGAAGUCAGCGACCGCCGCGACAGAAAGCCGGUCAUCAUACUGGACUACAACCGCUGCAAAGGAGGUGUCGAUAACCUCGACAAGGUGAUCGGAACCUACAGCUGCAGAAGGAUGACGGCUCGCUGGCCCCUGGUCGUGUUCCACAACAUCCUCGACGUUUCCUCCUACAAUGCCUUUGUGAUAUGGAGAGAACUAAACCCCGAAUGGAUGCCUCAGAAGCGGAACAAGAGAAGGGUGUUCCUAGAGCGGCUGGGAAAGGCGCUGGUGACUCCGUUGAUAGAAAGAAGGGAGCGUCUCCCUCGCACGGAAGCGUCAGCGGAAGUCGUCCGAGUCGUUCGUAGCGCCGCGUCUAGAUCUAGAACUUGCGGUGAGGGCGAGGGCGAGGGCGAGGACGCCGCCGGAGCGGCGUCGGGAGCGGACGGCCCGACCGGGGCGAGGAAGAGGAAGAGGUGUCAGUUUUGCCCGCGGGCGAAGGACAACAAAACUUCUACCAUGUGCAGCGGGUGUAAGAAAUAUAUCUGCAAAAGUUGUUCGCUCCCGUACUGCGCUGAGUGUGCCGCUGAGAAUUUGGAGACGGGUUGAUCGCCGACACACGCACACACACACACGCACACACAUGCACACACACACACGCACGCACGCACGCACACACCAUGUGUGACCCCUCGAGACGUGGGAUGCGGUCGGUUGAACUGUCCGCAACCGGGGUGACUAGUUUUAGAGGCAGAGAGGCAGCCUGGCAGGACCGCAUCAGAAGAGGAAAUACUUACGACUUUCCAAAGAUGAAAAUGUCACGGGAACUGCCGAAAAGACACGAGAGCAUGAUGAACAGCGAGGACCCGGACAUUGAGGUUGUUGGUGGCGACGUGGGUAAAAAGCUACACUUUAACCCCGUUAGAGCGGCAGUGGCAUUACAGCUGUGCAGAAAGCUCAAGGUAGACUGUAGAAAGAGGUAUAGCAAAUUCACGGAUGUCUGUGAAUUAGGAGCUCCUUGUAAGAACGUGAAGAUUAAAAGCGACGGGAAUUGCUUCUUUAGGGCAGUCAGUGUAGCCGUGAGCGGUACCGAACGCCAUCACGGAAGAAUAAGAGAAGCUGUGGUGAAUCACUUGCAAAGCAAUGAAGCUGCGUACGCCAACAUUCUGAGAAGGGGUUACCUUUCGGUGUCGGACUUCGUCGACGCAUCUGAAAUCGGCUCUCCAGGAAGUUGGGCGACAGAGGUUGAGAUUCAAGCGACGGCGGAUUAUUUGGGCGUCGACGUAUUCACGUAUUACACCGACCGUUGGCUUCGGUACAGUUGCGACAGCGUUCGGGUCUCUAAACAGGGGAUUUAUUUAGCGAAUAGCGGCAGCCAUUACGAGACCGUCGUUUGUGUCACAAGUCCUCCGAAGCGGUCUUGUUGCGGCUACUGCAAACUAGGCGUAGUUGCGUCAGACACGUACGAUUGUCUGACCUCAAAUUCUGCCUACGCCGAUUCUGCAUCUCGAUCCGAGAUUGCUUCGCCGUCACCGACAUCGAUUCGUCCGGAUAACACGGUGUCUGUGAAUGACGUCGACUACUGCGAAAAGGCGAGCGAUGAGCGCGAGGAGGGGUCCCGCCGCUCUGACGAGCGUCGAGCUGCGAGGGAUUUUUAUCGAGAUGCCGACAGUCCUCGGAGCCGCUACGAGUAUGACGAUUACCGCAGUGACGCCGCCGAGCUAGACGUCGGAGGACGCUUCGGCGAAGAUGAGGCCUGGGAGAAUAAUCCUGACGAAGAGCGUGACCGCUAUGGAUGGCUAUCAAGGAGACGUGUAGAAAAUUAUAUUAUCGUUGAAAAUAUGGAGCAUCGUCCCUACGGCGAUAGCCUUGUAACUCCGGGCGACGCGGAGGAUACCGCCGAAGCUGAUUUACCGCGUAACAGCGUUGCGGAUUGGCGUGAACUUUUCGACCGCUCUGAUGAGCGUCGAACUCCGAGGGACUGGGAGGGCACGAGUGACCGCGAUGCCGACUUUUACCGAGAUUCUAACAGUCCUUGGAGUCGCCGUGAGUAUGACGAUUACCGCAGUGACGCUGCAGAGCUAGAAGUCGAAGGGCGCUUCGGUGAAGAUGAGGCCUGGAGGAAUACUCCCGACGUAGAGGGCACGAGUGACCGCGAUGCCGACUUUUACCGAGAUUCUAACGGUCCUCGGAGCCGCCGUGAGUAUGACGAUUACCGCAGUGACGCUGCGGAGCUAGAAGUCGAAGGGCGCUUCGGUGAAGAUGAGGCCUGGAGGAACUAUCUAUCGGCUAUCGGAAAGACACGUAGAAGGUGACGUUGUUGAAGACGAGGAGUGUUAUCCCUACGGCGAUAGCCUCGGAACUCCAGGUGACGCGGAAGAUACCGGUGAAGCUGAUUUGCCACGUGACGGCUUUAUGAUCGGUCCGAACUUUUAAACGAUGAGAUCUGUAUCGCGCUGUGGGAUUGCGAGGAAGAAGUUCGAGAGGAGUUUGGCUCGAAUGACCGCUACGCAGCUACCUGCCGCUGGACCGAAUUGGAGGAAUCGUGGAAAUCGUUUGUCGGUUGGCUGGGUGAGCGCUGGUGGGGCUCGGUGUCGGAAGAGUCCGUCAGGACCUUCAUGGAUUCAUCCGAGAGACGUCGCGUCAGGGAUAUCGUCGUCUCGGCGUGCUUCGGUGACACGCCCGGGGGAGUUUGUUCUUUCACAGUGAAGACCGAAAGCGGCCUGCUGUCACUUCCUUUGCUUAUCCGUCGAAGACGCUACGUGUGCACCGACUUGGCGGAAGGUGAUUUUUCGUGUCCGAUCAACAUGUUGAGAAAGCUGGCCCGUGAAACCUACACACACUUGCUCCCCCGACCCACAACGAUACCUUCCGAUCCCCAGAGCUUUUCUCUUACACGGGUAGUGGAUGAUAUGUGGAGCGUUUUAGAAUUGGUGAAAAGCGGAUGGAGUGACGUUUCCCGACCCCAUCGCAUAAUACAGUAUCUACAAAACAAGGAAGGACCCUCUGUUACGCCAGCGGCGUUAAUUUGCUGCGUAGAUGAUGACAGUCUGGGAUACCUGUUUGAGAUUAUAGACGCCAAGGGGAAGAGUCUGAAAGUAACAUUUGAUAAAUGGGGCUUCACGUUUGGAUCGGGUCUACAUUUCUCCGGACUCACAAGUCUGCUGUCACAUAUCUGUGAGGUCGAUGGAGUACACUUUGUGAUUAACUGUAGAUUCUUGCUCACUGCGAGCGAACCGGAGCGUCCGAUGUAAGACGUGUGUGUGUGUGUGUGUGUGUGUGUGGGGGGGGGUGUAAAGAGUUUGCGAACUUGUUUUUUUUUCCUUCAAGUGUUUGUAUGAGCAUGCUUCUAUAGAAAGAUUUAGGAAGAACUGCCGCUGAAAUGUGCCUAAAAAUGCAUUAUUAUUAUUAUUAUUAUUAUUAUUAUUAUUAUUAUCAUUAUUAUUAAAAUGUGAAUUCGUGCUGUAGCUUAUGCUUGCUUACAUAUUCUCGCUUGCUCAAUAAAGAUGCGAAAGCUGGCAAUUUUGCUUCAGAUGAUGACUUUAUUUGCGCGCAUCACACCAUAGAUUACAACACAACAUUGUUUUAUGGCUAAAAGUCAUAAUAGUAGCUGUACCAAUCCUCAAAGGACAUCUCGUCAUUCAUCAUUAAAAUUCAACUUUGUCCUUCUGAUCAAAACAUCAUUGCUCAACAGUGUGGUAUCGGCUAGAGAUAUCAGGUCAUCUCUCGCCUCCCCUCCGUCUGCUCAUUAUUAUUAUUAUUAUUAUUAUUAUUAUUAAUUUGUUAAUUUUAUUAUUAUUAUUAUUAUUAUUAUUAUUAUUAUCAUUAUUAUCAUUAUUAUCAUUAUUAUUAUUACUAUAUGUGUGUGAGUAUAUAUUUCCACAUUGGGGACAGUGUGACCCCUAAGACGUGGGAUGCAGGUUUUUUUUUUUUUACUGUGUGAGGACUACAGGACUUUUCACCGGGUCAAAAAGACCCCAGUCAUCACUGGGUCAAAAAGACCCCAGUCAGUACCCCAGUCAGUGUGACCCCUGAGACGUGGGAUGUAGGUCUUAACUUGAGGACAACAGGAGGGAUAAGGCAAUCCACCAGAAAUAUGCCUGACAGAAGUUCAGUCUCUUAUUGUAAGAAAAUAUUCUGGAUGUUAUUGACUCAAAGUAAUGCAGUUAGCGAGUUUGACUCUUUCUACGUGUUUACAUGAAGAGUAUAUAUAUUCUGUGUGUACAGCUGAUGACCCAUACUCUGAAGGAAUUUAAGGAAGACUGUUUGGCCAGUUGACUUUCUCAAAGUUUGUGAAAAGCAGUUCAGGCUUAGCUUGGAAACAGUACCAUGUAAUGUGCAGCACCCUAAAAAGCAUAAAUAAGUGAACUAAGUAACCCUCCCACCCUCACCCACCCCCCUCCUUAUUAUGGCUAGUGGUGGCUCUGGCAUGGCUCUGCCCCUAAGCUCAUUCCAGAGCUUAGGGGCAGCAGCGGCAAAUGCUCUGUCCCCUCUGAGCUUCAGCCUUGUACUGGGGACGGUCAGUAAAAGCUGAUCAGCUGAUCUUAGGGGUCAGGGUGGGCAAUAAGGCUGUAGCAUCUCCGAAAUAUAGGGUGGAGCAAGGUUGUUCAGGCCCUUAAAAACAAAUGCUAAAAGCUUAAAAUGAAUUCUGUACUGAACAGGGAGCCAGUGUAAGGACGCCAGGAUGGGGGUGAUGUGCUCACGCCUGCAGGUCUGUGUCAGGAGACGUGCAGCAGAGUUCUGCAUAAGCUGCAGGCGGGCAAGGGAAGCCUGGCUAAUCCCUACGUACAAGGAGUUGCAGUAAUCAAGACGGGUAGUGAUAAAAGCAUGGAUUAAUUUUUCCAGGUCAGGUCUUGAUAAAAUGGGCUUCACCUUCGCUAUUUGGCGUAGCUGAUAAAAACUUUUUUGUACCACCCCGCUGAUCUGCUUGUCAAAUUUAAAAUCAGGGUCAAAUUUAACUCCCAGAUUAGUGACGACCUCUUUAAGGUAGGGUGAGAGGGAGCCUAGGUCGAAAACCCUUAAAACAGGCAGAAAAAAGAGAAAACUAAAAAAAAGAAAAAGAAGAGUAUUUCUGAAAACAAAAAAAACAACAACAAAAAAACACCCUAAGAAAACUAAAAAACAAAAAAGAAAUAUUUCUGAUUCUUGGGGUUAAGAAAGCCUGAGAAGUGGAAGAAGUAACUUCCCCGAAGUAAGGAACUACUUAAAAAAAAAAAAAACUCUUCAAAAAGAAAUCUCCAAAAACAAAAAUAAAUUAAGACAACUGAUGAAAAAACAAAAAAGAAAAAAAAAAACAUCAACAUGGGAAAAAAAAAAAAAAAUAAAAAAAAAAAAAAAAAAAAAAAACUACUGGAAAGAAAAUUAAAAAACAACAAACAAAAGCACCCAUAACCCGGUGUUUUUCACACAAAAAAUAAAAUAAACCUUGCGGUUUUCCGUCCCAUGGGAGGGUUUUUAUCCCCCUCCUCGAGCUACCACCUUACCGUGGUGGAGGGGUUUGUGUGUCCCAAUGAGAGUUAAUUCUGAUUUACUCUUGCUGUUGUCAAAAAGUGCUAAAAUUUCUCUGAAUUUCGCAUGUUAAGUAGGCCCAUGUCAGUUUUAAUCCUUGCAGGACUCUUGUUUUCACUUUUCAUCAGCAGAGGAAAAGCUUUUGGAUAACUGAUUAAUAUAGAGUUCAGGGGAAAGUAUAUCUGCAAUGUAUAAUCAAUAAUGACUUUAUCUUCAUGAGUAAAUAUGAUUUGUACAUUUAAAGAGAACUAUUUUUUAAUUUUGGUUCAACAAUGGACAGAAGUAGACAGGCAAGAUGGCGUCUGUAAAGUUCAGUUCAACAGCUGGUGUGUCAUACUAAGUUUUCUUAUUUAACCCAUCAAUACAUAUCAAUUCAUAAAGCAUCUAUUACAAAAACAGCUCAAAUCAAUGUGGGUUAACAGCAGGUUUGAAAAAUACAUGAUUGUUAUAGGGUGUGCUUUUUUUACAUUUAAAUGUGAAAAAUUCAAAUGUAAACAAACAACAAGAGAAUAUGGCAUCAAAGGAACAAUUCCGUGAUGACAUCAUUAUGACAUCAUCACGGCUUUCAUCUCGUGUUACUAACUGGAAGUAGAGCAGCUGUCCAGGGUAUCGUUUGAACCUUUCAGCGAGUAGCUACACUUAAAGAAAGAGACAAUCGAAAUCUUCAAAGUAAAAACGUGGAAGAAAGCGAAAAGCAAAGAUGGAAAACAUGUCCGAGGAAACCCACGGCGAAAUGACGGAUCCACAGCACGUCCACCUAAGGUAAGGAGAAAAAAACGGUUCAAGGGGUCCCUGUGUGAAGGUGUUUCUAUAAAACCGCGCCUCAACCUUUUUCUUUCUGCUCCUUUUCAUUCACAUGAAAAUUUUUCCUUGUUUGUAUUGAAUGUGUCAUAUACUAACAGACUGAAAUAAAGUAUGUACACAGCGCCCUGACUUUAUUGAAAUGAAGUCAUGUGUUUGGAGGUUAAGGCUCUGUUUGUGUAGAUACCAACAGUUUGGGUCGGGUCAGAACUGCUGACAUUCAUACAGCUCAUUCAGACGACUCAGAGAAUGAGAGUAUUUGGAAUUUUCCAAUAUUUAUCAUGUCUCAGAUUUGUGCACAUCAGUUUGUGAAUGACAGAUAUUGUAUAGAAAGACUUAGCUUUCAGACCCUUUACAACAAGAUCUUCAGUGCUUCUCAUCUUUUUCUUUUAGCUUCCCAUCUGAAAGCUCUGUGGAGGAAAUGGCUCAAGACAGACCAGAUCAAGAUGAGACAGAGAAAACGGAGAUUGAUAACAGCAUCAUACAGAGACUUCAAGACAGACCAGAUCAAGAUGAGACAGAGAAAACGGAGAUUGAUAACCGCAUCAUACAGAGACUUCAAUCUGGCUGGAUAGGCACUCUUCAUGUCGUUUUCCUGGUGCUGCUUUUAGUCCUAAUCACUGUCAUUGUUGGCCUGAGCAUCAAUGUUAAGCAGUUACAGAAAGAAAGGAGUCAGCUGAGACAGCUUCUAGAAUCAACACACAUGGGACUGAACCACACCAUGGAAGUAAAUCAAAAAGUGAGCCAGAGUCUGAACUUCACCGUGGAAGAAAAUCAAAAACUGAGGCUGAGUCUGAACUACACCAUGGAGGAGAAUCUGAACCUGAGCCUGAGUCUGAACAACACCAUGGAAGAAAAUCAGAAAUUGAGCAGAAGACUAAACUACACCAUGGAAGAAAAUCAGAAAUUGAGCCUGAGUCUGAACUACACCAUGGAAGAGAAUCUGAACCUGAGCCUGAGUCUGAACAACACCAUGGAAGAAAAUCAGAAAUUGAGCAGAAGACUAAACUACACCAUGGAAGAUAAUCAGAAAUUGAGCAGAAGACUAAACUACACCAUGGAAGAUAAUCAGAAAUUGAGCCUGAGUCUGAACUACACCAUGGAAGAUAAUCUGAAACUGAGCCGAAGACUCAACCACACCAAGGAAGAAAAUCAAAAACUGAGCCUGAUUCUGAGCUACUCCAUGGAAGAAAAUCAGAGACUGAGCCGAAGACUAAACCACACCAUGGAAGUAAAUCAAAAAGUGAGCCAGAGUCUGAACUUCACCGUGGAAGAAAAUCAAAAACUGAGGCUGAGUCUGAACAACACCAUGGAGGAGAAUCUGAACCUGAGCCUGAGUCUGAACAACACCAUGGAAGAAAAUCAGAAAUUGAGCAGAAGACUAAACUACACCAUGGAAGAUAAUCAGAAAUUGAGCCUGAGUCUGAACUACACCAUGGAAGAUAAUCUGAAACUGAGCCGAAGACUCAACCACACCAAGGAAGAAAAUCAAAAACUGAGCCUGAGUCUGAGCUACUCUAUGGAAGAAAAUCAGAGACUGAGCCGAAGACUAAACCACACCAUGGAAGUAAAUCAAAAAGUGAGCCAGAGUCUGAACUUCACCGUGGAAGAAAAUCAAAAACUGAGGCUGAGUCUGAACUACACCAUGGAGGAGAAUCUGAACCUGAGCCUGAGUCUGAACAACACCAUGGAAGAAAAUCAGAAAUUGAGCAGAAGACUAAACUACACCAUGGAAGAUAAUCAGAAAUUGAGCCUGAGUCUGAACUACACCAUGGAAGAGAAUCUGAACCUAAGCCUGGGUCUGAACAACACCAUGGAAGAAAAUCAAAAACUGAGGCUGAGUCUGAACUACACCAUGGAAGAGAAUCUGAACCUGAGCCUGAGUCUGAACAACACCAUGGAAGAAAAUCAGAAAUUGAGCAGAAGACUAAACUACACCAUGGAAGAGAAUCUGAAUCUGAGCCAAAGAUUAAACCACACCAAGGAAGAAAAUCAAAAACUGAAGCUGAGUCUGAACUACACCAUGGAGGAGAAUCUGAACCUGAGCCUGAGUCUGAACAGCACCAAGGAAGAAAAUCAAAAACUGAGCCUGAGUCUGAGCUACUCCAUGGAAGAAAAUCAGAGACUGAGCCGAAGACUAAACCACACCAUGGAAGUAAAUCAAAAAGUGAGCCAGAGUCUGAACUUCACCGUGGAAGAAAAUCAAAAACUGAGGCUGAGUCUGAACUACACCAUGGAGGAGAAUCUGAACCUGAACCUGAGUCUGAACAACACCAUGGAAGAAAAUCAGAAAUUGAGCAGAAGACUAAACUACACCAUGGAAGAAAAUCAGAAAUUGAGCCUGAGUCUGAACUACACCAUGGAAGAGAAUCUGAACCUGAGCCUGAGUCUGAACAACACCAUGGAAGAAAAUCAGAAAUUGAGCAGAAGACUAAACUACACCAUGGAAGAUAAUCAGAAAUUGAGCCUGAGUCUGAACUACACCAUGGAAGAUAAUCUGAAACUGAGCCGAAGACUCAACCACACCAAGGAAGAAAAUCAAAAACUGAGCCUGAGUCUGAGCUACUCUAUGGAAGAAAAUCAGAGACUGAGCCGAAGACUAAACCACACCAUGGAAGUAAAUCAAAAAGUGAGCCAGAGUCUGAACUUCACCGUGGAAGAAAAUCAAAAACUGAGGCUGAGUCUGAACUACACCAUGGAGGAGAAUCUGAACCUGAGCCUGAGUCUGAACAACACCAUGGAAGAAAAUCAGAAAUUGAGCAGAAGACUAAACUACACCAUGGAAGAAAAUCAGAAAUUGAGCCUGAGUCUGAACUACACCAUGGAAGAGAAUCUGAACCUGAGCCUGAGUCUGAACAACACCAUGGAAGAAAAUCAAAAACUCAGGCUGUGUCUGAACUACACCAUGGAAGAAAAUCAGAAAUUGAGCAGAAGACUAAACUACACCAUGGAAGAUAAUCAGAAAUUGAGCCUGAGUCUGAACUACACCAUGGAAGAUAAUCUGAAACUGAGCCGGAGACUCAACCACACCAAGGAAGAAAAUCAAAAACUGAGACUGAGUCUGAGCUACUCCAUGGAAGAAAAUCAGAGACUGAGCCGAAGACUAAACCACACCAUGGAAGUAAAUCAAAAAGUGAGCCAGAGUCUGAACUUCACCGUGGAAGAAAAUCAAAAACUGAGGCUGAGUCUGAACUACACCAUGGAGGAGAAUCUGAACCUGAGCCUGAGUCUGAACAACACCAUGGAAGAAAAUCAGAAAUUGAGCAGAAGACUAAACUACACCAUGGAAGAGAAUCUGAAUCUGAGCCAAAGAUUAAACCACACCAAGGAAGAAAAUCAAAAACUGAGGCUGAGUCUGAACUACACCAUGGAGGAGAAUCUGAACCUGAGCCUGAGUCUGAACAACACCAUGGAAGAAAAUCAGAAAUUGAGCAGAAGACUAAACUACACCAUGGAAGAGAAUCUGAAUCUGAGCCAAAGAUUUAACCACACCAAGGAAGAAAAUCAAAAACUGAGCCUGAGUCUGAACAGCACCAAGGAAGAAAAUCAAAAACUGAGCCUGAGUCUGAGCUACUCCAUGGAAGAAAAUCAGAGACUGAGCCGAAGACUAAACCACACCAUGGCAGAAAAGUCACAGCUUCAAGUGCAGAUUGAGGAGAUGAAAAUCAUAUUGAAUUCUACUAUGGAAAACCGUGACUCUUUCAGAAAAGACAAAAUCAAAUAUCAACAGCUUUUGAUCAAUGAAAGGCAGACCUCAACUCAACUAAAAGCUGAAAAUCAACGUCAACAAUCAAUUCUGAUGUCGGAGAAACUAUCUUUCCUCUGGAGAUUCUGUGAUAAAGGCACCCUGCAAUGUUCACGCUGCCUUCCUGGUUGGGCCGAGCACGCCACACGCUGCUUCCAUUUGGCAUCACAACCAAUGAAGUGGGAAGAUGCUCGUAGGGAGUGUUUUAAUGAAGGUGCUGACCUGGCUGUUGUCUUGAAUGCUGCAGACCAGGCAUUUCUGACCAACAUGACUUUCCAGUUUACACAGCAGCAUCCAAAUGUACUGUUCCAUUCAGCAUGGAUCGGGUUGCAGGACAUGGUGCAGGAUAACAGAUUUGUGUGGGUAAAUGGUAUCAAGUCCAAGUCAGAUUUGAAGUUCUGGAUGCCUGGAGAGCCAAACAAUGCUGCGGCUCAAUGGGACAAAGACCGUGCAGGACAGGACUGUGUUGCCAUUGUCCCUCCAAAGACUGUUGGACAGAAAGGCUGGCUGAACUCCUGGGAUGAUAUUGUCUGUCGAGGCCAGCGGCACUACAUUUGUGAAACCAAAGCUCUUAUUUUGUCUCUGGAGUGAAAACUGAGGAAUGAUGAGUUUAUAACAAUUUAGAAUAAGUAUGAAUUAAUGUGAAAUAAAUGUUCUUUAUUUUGAUAAUGAUAUGGUAUUAUUAUUUGGAUUUUAAUGUGGCCUAUAUAAUAGACUGUUUUUUGUUCUUUUUUUAGUCAUAUCUAUCUAUCUAUCUAUCUAUCUAUCUAUCUAUCUAUCUAUCUAUCUAUCACAGAAUGGAGAUGACAUGGAUUAAGGUGAAGUCAGUUGCAAGUUCAACAUUUGUUAAAAAAAAAAAAAAGAACAUGUAAGAAUUGACCCUGAGAGCGGCUGUGACCAUAUAAGGAGGCAGAGGCAGGAGAUGAGUUAAACCCACACAGUGGGUAUUUAUUUGCAGUGUAUAAACCAAAAACCAAUAAAACACACCAUGCUCAGUCCAUUGUGCACACGAGAGACUCCCAGCUCAGAGGAAAGCGCUCCCCUAUAUACCCUCCCCGAUUGGGUGCUACCACGUGUAGGGGUGUGGAAAAACUGUAACCAGUUUAAUAUAACUAUUUAAAAAGCACCUACUUAAAAUAUACAAACCUAUGCUCCAGACUAAAUCAUAGAACCUAAUUUCGAGUGUACAUUAAUCACAUACUGUGAUCAUCCUCCCAAUUAAAUGUUACACGUGGCACUGUUCACCCCCCAUACCCAUCUGCCAGUUGGAACCCUCCCGGAACGCUAAAAGGCCGUUUGUUUCCCCGGGGACUCUUUUACAUGUGCACCCUGGGAGUGGAGACAGAAAGGCACAGGUAAGUGUUCACAAUAUUCACGUCAAACUGAUUUUAAACUGCACUACUUCCACCUUUUACUCAAGCACACAAAUAUGCUGAAACCCUCAUCCACAUCGUGUGCACUGUGUUACAGGUGGUGCGGCUAAAUUAACCCCCGGCUACCGGACGAGCUACCGGACGUCCCCGGAGAACACCUAUACAAAUACACACAUACACACACACACACACACCAUUAACCAAAUCAGAAUUAAAGUAUUUUGACUGAAAUACCUCUGUGGCUCAUCAUUUGCUAAUCAUGUGUAGCUUUUAAUUUAACAACCCUCAAUGUUGUGUCUACCUGCACUAUAUAUAUAUAUAUAUCAACACUGCUUAGCUGCCCCAAUCCUCAGCUACUCACUGCAGUAGUAACGGAGACAACAGAGGCCUCCGUUACAUUUCCUUCCCCCUCUCCCUUAGCUGCACAGUACCUUGUUACACAGGGUUACGGGACAGACAGUCAGCUACCAGGUUGGAUUUCCCCGGCCGGUACUUGACCACAAAGUUGUAGGGCUGCAUGGCGAGGUACCACCCUGCGAUACGCAUAUUUGCAUCCUUCAUCCGGUGCAGCCACUGGAGCGCUCGAUGAUCCGUCUCCAUGGUAAACUGGCGCCCCAACAGGUAAUACCUCAGAGACUCAGUGGCCCACUUCAUUGCAAGGCACUCCUUCUCAAUUGUGGAGUAACGGGUCUCUCGAUCCAGCCAACUUCCUGCUGAGGAACAAGACAGGCUUCAUCUCGCCUUCCACUUCUUGGAGCAGCACCGCCCCAAUGCCAACUCCGGAGGCAUCCGUUUGGAGGGUGAAGGGCCUGUCAAAAUCCGGGCUUUGCAGAACUGACUCCACACUGAUGGCUUGCUUCAGGUCCCUGAAGGCUUCUUCACAUUUUUCAGUCCACCGAACUUUGGCAGAUGCUGAGGCCUUAGUUAGAUCUGUCAAAACAGCAGCUCUCUCUGACAGAUGUGGGAUGAACUUACGAUACCACCCAACAAGUCCCAGGAAAGACUUCACUUUCUUCUUUGUGGUUGGAACUGGGUACGAGGUGAUGGCUUCCAACUUGCUCACUUGUGGGCGAAUCACCCCAUCCCCGAUGAUAUAUCCCAAGUACUCCACCUCCUUCUGAGCGAAGAUGCACUUUCGAGGAUUGAUGGUCAGUCCCGCAGCCUUGAUACAAUGAAGGACCCGUGUCAGAUGGGCCAUGUGCUCCUCCCAGGUUUGGCUAUAAACCACCACAUCGUCCAAGUAUGCUGCUGAAAACGCCGACACUUCUCGCAGGACCUGGUCCAUGAGCCUUUGAAAUGUUGCAGGUGCCCCCUGGAGCCCAAACGGCAUAACACGGAAAUGGAAAAGGCCAUAAGGUGUUGCAAAAGCUGUCAGCUUCUUCGCCUCAGGUGCUAAGGCCACUUGCCAGUAACCUUUGCUCAGAUCUAGUGUACUGAUGUACUUGGCUUUCCCAACCCUCUCCAGCAACUCAUCAAUUCUGGGCAUUGGGUAUGGGUCAAACUUGGAGAUGGCGUUAAGAUACCUGAAGUCAAUGCAGAACCUUAGGGAACCAUCCUUUUUUGGCACCAAGACAACUGGGCUGCACCAUUCACUGUCCGACACUUCAAUGAUCCCCAACUCCAACAUUAGCUGGAUCUCCUUUUUCAGCUCAGGCACCAGGCGCUCAGGGAUGCGAUAGCUUCUCUUGCGGCUAGGAGCAGUCUCCUUCAGGUGAAUGCUGUGUUGGACCAGAUCAGUAAAACCUGGCUUCUCCUGGAACAAUUCUGGAUCCAGGAGGGCUUCCACACCCUUCUGUUGGUCAGGUGUUAGAUGUGCUACCUCCACCUGACUGACUCCUGCUGGACUUGUCGGAAAGAACUGCUCCUCCACCUCCUUCUCCUCAGCUGCCUGGAUGAAAAAAUGCUGUGACACUGGCUCUGGACAAUCAUGAAAUUCCUUCAACAGGUUAAUGUGAAACGUUUGGUGCUUUUUUGCUCUAUCAGGCAUAUGAAUUUCAUAAGAAACCGCACCGACCUUUUUCGUGACCUCAUAUGGCCCCUGCCAUUUUGCAAGCAGUUUGCUUUCACUUGAGGGCAGCAGCAGCAGCACUUUCUGUCCAGGCUGAAAAACCCGUUCCCUGGCCUUCUGGUCAUACCAGGUUUUUUGUUUCUCUUGGGCCAUGGUCAUGUUCUCUUUUGCUAGCGUAGCCAUCUUUUCCAACCUCUCUCUCAUCUUCACCACAUACGCCACAAUGCUCUCUCCUGAAGCCUUUGGAUCCUCCCAGUAAUCCCUCAGAAGGUCAAGAGGUCCUCUCACCUGGCGUCCAUAAAGCAAUUCAAACGGUGAGAAGCCCGUGGAAGCUUGUGGCACCUCUCUGUAGGCGAAGAGGAGGUAUGGCAACCACUGGUCCCAGUCAGAGCCUGUCUGUGACACAAACUUGCGCAACAUGUUCUUUAAAGUUUGGUUGUACCUUUCUACAAGCCCAUCUGUUUGGGGGUGAUAUGGGGUAGUUUUAAUGCCCUUUACUCCUAGGAGCUGGUACACUUGCCUCAACAACUUGGACAGGAAGUUGGUUCCACAAUCUGUGAGGAUUUCUUUGGCUAUUCCUACCCUGGAGAACAACUGCAGCAAACAAUUAGCCACAUGCCUAGCUUUUACUGAUCUAAGGAGAAAAGCCUCUGGGUAACGUGUGGCAUAAUCACACAUUACCAGAAUGUACCGGUUUCCAGAAGCACUCUUCUCUAAGGGCCCCACUACAUCCAUGCCUAUUCUCUCAAAUGGUGUUUCAAUGAGUGGUAAUGGCUGUAACAGAGCUUUCGUCACCCCCUUUCCUGCUGUAACCUGACAGAUUGAACACGAGUUGCAAAAUUUGGAAAGCUGGGUGUACAUACCCGGCCAUACAAAGCGGUUACUUACACGGCGUAAUGUCUUGUGAAAUGCCAUGUGCCCUGCCCAAGGAAUGGAAUGGCCUAGCUCCAUGAUGGUGUGCCUGAGUGACUGUGGAGCUGCUAAUGCCUGAGUACUACCCUGACACUGGUAAAGGAUACCCUUCUCAAUCAUAUAGGUAACCUCCUCCAGACAGCCUGCACUUCCCUGACUGACCCCAUCAACCUUGGAAACCUUCUGAAACCACCGCUGUAGAGUAGGAUCCUUUCUCUGUAAUUCACCUACAUUAAGUGGAAUAUCCACAUCUAAGGGCGGGCUGGGUUGGGGAAUCUCAUCCUUUUCUCUCGGGGCACCCAAAAACGUGUCCCUUCGCUUUUGGACUCUGGAUCUUCGCAGCUUCUCUACACCCACCUCCAGCUCUGCUUCAUAAAAUGGUAACUCACUGAGGGUGUUUCUCGCACUUUGAGCCCUGGUGACUACAUGACAUUCUUUAACCUCUGUCCCUGAAUUCUCUCCUGACUUCACCUGAAGGGGUUCUGGCUCUCCCGGGAUUUCCAGCACCUCAUCACAAACAGUAGGCAAGGGACUCUGCUUCUGGGGGUCCUGCACUAAAUCCAAAAGUGUAGGCACAUCUAGUCCUAAAAUGACGGGGUAUGGGAGUUGGGGCACUAAAGCCACUGAGAGGAGAAAGGUCUGACCACCCACUGUUAAAUACACCUCUGCAGUAGGGUAAGGCCUAACAUCCCCGUGUACACAUCCAAUAUCAGCUUUCUCAUCAGCCCACUGCUCUCUGGGUACCAAGCUAGCCCUUACCACUGUCUGAAAACUGCCCGAGUCAACAAGAGCUUCUUCCCGCUGACCAUUUAUCAGUACUGGAACCUUCCUACCACUUUCCUGAGUGCCUGGUUCCUGCAUCGUGGGUCUAGGGACAGAGCAGAGGAGAGAUAGCUUGCUUCUUCCUGCAGCUGGACAAGUGUACUGAGUAUGGCCUAACUCAUUACAGUGGUAACACCUGACAUCUGACUUAGCUGGCUUAUUAGCAUGGACAGGUCUACUCUGAGCAUUCUGUUUAUUACCGGGGAACCUGCCUUGAGUCUGACCAUGACCCCUGUCCCCCCCAAAGGAUUUAUUUCUCACCCCUGGGCUAUUGCUAUGGUUGGUUGCUAGGCGCGGGUGACCCCUCCUGGCCGACUGAAACACCUCUGCCAGGCGAGCAGCUUCUUCAGCAGUUUUUGGGUCAUGUUCUCGGAUCCAAACUUCCAUCUCUGGAUUCACCAUUCUCAGAAACUGUUCCAUGAUCAACAGCUCAGAAAUGUCUUUGACGGUGGUGGUUUCAGGCUUGACCCAUUUGUUGAACAUUUCUUUCAGGCGAACAUACAGCUCCCGUGGGGUCUCUCCCUGAUGAACGUCCAGGGCCCGAAAUCUUCUCCUGUAAGUCUCAGCAUUUAUUUCAUAUUUUGCCAGGAUUGCCUCUUUCACUCUCUCAUAAUCAUCUGAAGAAUCGAUGUCCAUAAGCACAUAAGCACUGCGUGCCUUACCAGUCAGCAGGGGAAUGAGCCUAACUGCCCACUCGUCCUGAGGCCAAUGGCAGACAUGGGCCAUUCUUUCAAAAGUGGCCAGAAAGUGCUCAACAUCAUCUUCAGGGGACAAUGGCAGGAGCUUGGGCUCUGGAUGAGUGUGCAGGCCUCGCUGCAGCCUUACUAUGCGAUGUCCGGAUCGGUCCAUCUCCCCCUGAUCCUCUUCAUAGCGGACUCCACUUGCACGCUGCUCCUCACCUCCCGCUUGCUCCUGUUGCUGCUCUUCUCUCAUCUCAGUUACCUGGGCCUGGAUCUGCCGAAACUGGUGCUCCAUAUUCCGCCAUCUCAACUCUUGGCGGGAAUGUUCUUUUUCCUGCUGCUUAUCUCUCACGGCUUGUGUCUGCAUGAAAGACUUCAUCAUACUCGUCAGCUCUUCCAGCUGAUUACCUCCACUGCUUGCCAUGGCCCCUUCAUCUGCAGCUGAUGGUGCUGGACCCUCCUCGGGUUCUUCCCGUCGCUCAUCUCUCUUUCCUCCUCUAGUCAUCUUUGCCUCCUUAAUCAGGUCAACAUCCCACUUCUGACACCACUUGUAAGAAUUGACCCUGAGAGCGGCUGUGACCAUAUAAGGAGGCAGAGGCAGGAGAUGAGUUAAACCCACACAGUGGGUAUUUAUUUGCAGUGUAUAAACCAAAAACCAAUAAAACACACCAUGCUCAGUCCAUUGUGCACACGAGAGACUCCCAGCUCAGAGGAAAGCGCUCCCCUAUAUACCCUCCCCGAUUGGGUGCUACCACGUGUAGGGGUGUGGAAAAACUGUAACCAGUUUAAUAUAACUAUUUAAAAAGCACCUACUUAAAAUAUACAAACCUAUGCUCCAGACUAAAUCAUAGAACCUAAUUUCGAGUGUACAUUAAUCACAUACUGUGAUCAACCCCCAAUUAAAUGUUACACGUGGCACUGUUCACCCCCCAUACCCAUCUGCCAGUUGGAACCCUCCCGGAACGCUAAAAGGCCGUUUGUUUCCCCGGGGACUCUUUUACAUGUGCACCCUGGGAGUGGAGACAGAAAGGCACAGGUAAGUGUUCACAAUAUUCACGUCAAACUGAUUUUAAACUGCACUACUUCCACCUUUUACUCAAGCACACAAAUAUGCUGAAACCCUCAUCCACAUCGUGUGCACUGUGUUACAGGUGGUGCGGCUAAAUUAACCCCCGGCUACCGGACGAGCUACCGGACGUCCCCGGAGAACACCUAUACAAAUACACACAUACACACACACACACACACCAUUAACCAAAUCAGAAUUAAAGUAUUUUGACUGAAAUACCUCUGUGGCUCAUCAUUUGCUAAUCAUGUGUAGCUUUUAAUUUAACAACCCUCAAUGUUGUGUCUACCUGCACUAUAUAUAUAUAUAUCAACACUGCUUAGCUGCCCCAAUCCUCAGCUACUCACUGCAGUAGUAACGGAGACAACAGAGGCCUCCGUUACAGAACAAUAUGACUGGAAUGAGCGUUUAAUCAAAUAAAUGUGAACAGAAACAUUUUUAGGGCAGAAAAACAUCAUCACGAGACUUUUGGAUUUCUGUCCUGCAGUUAUGGAAGAAUAUGAGGUAACACCGGGAAAUAAACCUCUGUUCAUCCCAUGGUGGAGAAAUUUAUAUUAAUUUAUAUAAUAAGGCAAUGUUAUGGAUUUAAGACAGCUAUUUUUGUCAGAAUUGAUAUUGAAUGGUAGCAGAGUACAGGAACAAUAGAAACCUUGUCAUAUUGAAAAGUGUUUGCAGUUAUUUGGGACAGGUAAAAAUGUGUGAUCUUUCAAAACACAAACUCAUUUUUUAGCGAAGAGAGGGUCAUACUUUUUGCUCUUUUGAAAAGGACUGAAUCCAAUUUGAACUCCUUAGCUGGCAGGCUGACACUACUCUGGCCUUCCAAGGGAGGGCAGCAUCUCCCCUUCAGCUGUUUCAUCACAGCUGUAGUUAUUCACAUUUCCACCAUUUGACUUUCAGUUUCGCUCAACACAACGUUUUCAGCAAAAAUAAAAAAUAAAAAAAGAGGGCAUAUAUUCUUACUCUACACUCAUAGAUAGUAUAUAUAUAUAUAGGCCUACAGUCUAUGUCAGUGGUUCUCAACUGGUCUCACUCUGGGACCCACACUUUUUUAUGGUCCUUAUGUGGCAACCCACUUUUAUAAAAUUCAAACCAGGCAAAUUUAUUUUUUAUAAAAAACGAACCUUUACAGACUCAAAUCUUUGACAUAAAUACUCCUAUUUUGUUGAAUAAAGUGCAUUUCAGAGCACAUGAACUGAGGGCGACAACUACUUAAGUUUCGUAUACAGAAAAUAUCAAAUAUCAAAUUGCACACAAUGGAGACAAGCAAAAUGAAAUAUUUGACUUAUUUGCAUCUCUGCGUUCAGAGCAUAUUCAGAAGAACACGAGGAGGACCGAGCAACAGCAUUGACAAAAGUGAAUAAAUAUCAAAUUGCACAAAAUAAAGACCAUGAAAAACAUGUAAUUUUACUGCAUUCAGGCCACAUUAAUAAGAAACCGAGGAGGACCAUGACAUGAUGCGUGCCUUUCAAAAUAAGCUAUUUUUCAAAAUAAAAAAACAUGUCAAACAUCAGAUGCGUAUUAAAUAUUUACUUUUUUGAUCAGCUGUUCACGACCCAUCCAGAACGUGUCUGGGACCCACUUUUGGGUCGGGACCCACCAGUUGAGAACCACUGUUCUAUGGUUACGCCACACAAUCUCAUUCAGUUUACAGUACAUGCUGAAGUCCCGCCCAUACCGGAACAGGAUUGGUCCCCUCUGCUGUUGGCGCUUCCCAUCAGCUUCUAUGAUUGGAUAUAUUCAUUUUGGACGGCGGCUGUUACGUCAUUAUUUCCAACCGUGUAAGGUGUUAAAUUUCAAAUCUACUCAUUGUGGCUGGAGCAUGGUGCUGGUGCAGGUAAUGCUCUGUCAUUUCACUGAAAAAUGCGAGAUUGUUCUCCUAAAUAAACACGAACCAACCAAAGAAAAGGAAAGAACCACCACACGAAGCAUUUGCGACUUAAUCAUCAGGCAGGUUGAAUUUUACACCCCUCUCACCCCCUAAAUAAGAGACCAUAUUCAUCUGCUGUUUCGUCUCCUUUAAUCGCUUUUCAUCAGGAUGUCGGUACUCUCGUUAGUGCUACUGCUGCUAUACCCACAUACAGCAACUGUCUCAAAUGGUUUGUUUUGAUUUUCCUUUCUGUUCAGAACUUCGCCUAUUUAUUUGUAUAACUUUUAUUUUUUGCUGUGUUUUGUUUGCACCUGAUAGGAAUGCCUCCCAUUUCAUUGUACAUUUACAAUAACAAUAUCAAGAUAUUCUACCCUAGUGUAUUCUAUUUGACCUGGCACUAGACCUCUUAUUUUGUCGACUUUCAGUUUCCGUUCCCCACUCCAUUACCCACGCAGAAAGUGUUUCCUCUGCCCGACCUUUCUCCUACAGGUGGCGAUCACUUCAAGCUGAUCAUCCAGACUUUUUAAAUUAAUAUUUCUUUUCCCCCUUUCUUUCUUGCUACUGAAAACUCCAAUAAAUCUGACAAUUACUCUGAGGAGAGGAUCUGGGUUUCAGGGUGGAGAAUACACCGGUUGCAGGACAGUGCGCGAGACGGUGAAGCAUGGGCUGGAAAUGUCAAAUUUAUUGCGGUUUACAAAAGCUCUACAACAUCCGGUUUAGCUGUCAAUAUAAACCUGGGAUAAUAAAGGUUUGGGGGGAAACGCAAAUAUCAUUUCCAGAGUAACAUGUGGUCAUAGGUUUACACAGGUUCAAGUAUAUAUCUUGAACUUUUUUAAAGAUAAGUCUAUCUAUCUAUCUAUCUAUCUAUCUAUCUAUCUAUCUAUCUAUCUAUCUAUCUAUCUAUCUCUUAAACUUUUCUAAAGAUCCAUAUUCAUGUCCUGUGCACAGCAUUAUCAGUCCUUGUAGCUUGCAGGUGAUGGUAGGAGCCACAGAGGGGACUGAAUACCUCCUUUUUUCAACCCUGGUUCCAUCCUUUAAGCCUUUUAACAACAACAAUAAUAGUAAUAAUAAUAAUAAUAAUAAUAAUAAACUUUAUUUGUAUGGCACUUUUCUUGAACAGUUGUCACAAAGUGCUUUAUAGUCAUCAAAAUAAAAAGGGUCAGACAACAAGACAUAAACCUUAACAAAAAGUACACUUGCAGCCAAAGUCCCGGGGCCUAUUCUACGAAGCAGGAUUACUGCUUAGCAAGGUAACUUCGAGGGUAAGUUCGGGGUUUCCUGUUCUACGACACGGGUUCACUUCUUAGCGAGGUGAGUCUCCAUGGCAACGUACGCUGAACGGCUAACCUGCUCUGGGGCAGGUUAGGUUCCAGAUUGAACUCACCGAGUAUAAAAACCCCACCCACUGACCAAUGAGCUCUCUCAAAAAAUGGCUUGUCUGUUCUUGGAGGAUCCUAUAGACCUUGGUGCUGGCAUUGUUCGAGGAGCACUCCGGCGUGCGAGAGUUUUCAGGGACUGCAUGGACCCACUUACUUUUCUGGAUGACCACCUUUAUGAAAGGCUCAAAAAAUGUAAACAUGAUAGGAAUGAACAAAUGAAUGAAUUCAUCUUGGAAAUAAAUUAGACAUGUCUGGUGCAUGUUAAAAGCGCAUGUUGAACAGUGCUAUUUCAGGGUUAUAAUGGCAUCAAAGAUUUUUUGCGCAUUAUAUUUACGCAUUGAGACUGUCUGCAAUUUUCUGCGGUCUUUCGCUCUCUAGCCGGCUCUGACGCUCCAGACUGGUCCAUGUUCGCGAUCGGUCCGAUGCGACGGGCUCUGCCUUACCUGCGUGCACGCGCUCAUAGCAAAGCUGGAUCCACUUACGAGGUUGAUAACCAGUGUCGUAAGACCGUUUAGCGAGACCGCUGGCUACCGCGUUAAGUUCAGCGAGGUAGCUCCAAGGCUACCUCGCUAGGUCAAACUUGCUUCGUAGAACAGGCCCCUGGUCAUACCAAAGCGAUUGUAAACAAAUGGGUUUUCAACAGCUUUUUGAAAAUAUACACAGUGUCCACAAGUUCCCUUUUAGAGCUAAAACUAAUCUACAAAAGCUUUUUAUAGGCCCUAAAGAGGAAUAAUGUACUACCUUCCCAAAAAUUUACUUUGGAAUAUGAUGCAGAGAAAAUAUACUUCUUGGAUUGACCUACUUCCCAUUCCUUCCUCUCUUGAUGUUGUAAGUGGACUGGUUGUUAUUCUUAUACAUAAUAUACUCUUACCGUGAGGCUUUGUGUAUCAUUACUGAACAAAUGCACAUUGUAUCCUCCUUAUUGAAUGAUUAUUGAUUUAAUCUAAGUUUUUUUUUUUUUUUCCUUUGCUUACAAGUGAUUUAACGAGAAGGCCAAAGCUGUCUCUCUUCCUCCUCAGCAACCACCUUCCUCUUCAUUAAAGGGUCUAUAGGUCUCUUUGGUGGUAUUUUUGUAAAGAUGCUGUUAUUUCAAACUAGCAUGCUUUGUAUCCAAUGUUUUAUUCUGUGUUGUUCUAGAUGAAAUGAGGAUUUGCAGUAAAUGGACACGAAGAGAGCUCCACAGGCUACUGUCUGCUGCUGACUGGAUUUAAAAGCAUCUGUGCAGUGGAUCGUGUAGCAUCCUGAUGAAGUUAUUCAGCUCUUCUGUUGAAUCACCUCCUUUUCUGUCGUGAAUUCACAUGAAAUGUCUUCCAUAUGGAUUUCAUUUUCAGUACAGGACUUUCUUGCACAGACCAGCCCACUUUAGUCCACAACCUUUUAGAAUGUUAUGGUAUAUAAAUCUGAAACAGAGCACUAUAUUUCCACAAUUUUGUUUUGUUUUAGUGUAAUUUAUCAAAAAUCACAUUCACACGACAAUUACGGGUACAAGUUUACAGCUAUCAUUUUACAAAUGUAAGAACAUCACACAUUUGUCUUACUAAAAAAAUGUGAAAACCCAUGACAAGUCAUUAUUGGGAAAAUGUAAAUGAAGACUUAGAGAUCCUUGGUCAUACACAUAGACUGUAUAUAUUAUGGACAACUUGGUUCCGCCUCCCGCCAGUAUACGGAUUUGAAGCCAAAAAGCUCUCGGUAAUUCCACAUUUUUUUCUCCACUUCCUGAAACCAACAUUGCACAGUAGUGUUGUACGCACUCCACCACUUGCGCAGUAGUGUUGUACGCAUUCGGCGGGAGAGUCACCGAGAGUGGCUGUGAUGACGCUCGGCUCAAACAGCGUAUCCCCACAGGUGUAUCUUCGUACACCCAUAGGCUGUAUCAAGUGACAAUCAUAGAAAACAUGAACCCCCUAAAAACGUCUAAAAAUGGAGCUGCACAGAAAAAGUACAGUAACUACAUCACAACCAGGGGGGAGAAAUAUUUGUGUUCUGUGGAAUAAAUUUCUAAAGUUUGUCCACAGCUUCAUAUGGAUUGCUGGAGGAGGCGGGAUUUAUGACCUAUACUGCAGCCCGUUACUAGCGGGUGCUGUUUUCGGAACGGCUUCACCCAGCGAGGAGGCAGAUGCUGUCCAUUCUUUAUACAGUCUAUGGUCAUACAUUAUGUCAUUCAAACUCUCUUGUUUUGUUUUAUUUAUUCAAGUAUCACGAGGUCAGACCAUUUUUACUGUACAGUGCUGUAUCAUUAAAUUAUCUGACAUAUUUCAUACAGCUUACUGUAGCUUCUCUUUCUCACAUCCAGACUAACCCCUCUGGACUUCUGUGCUGAGUUGUGGCGCUCUCUCACACUGUAAAAGUCAACAGCUUUUAUUUUGAAGAGCCUCUUUCCGGUUCUUGUGUCGCUGGCUCCGCCUUUGGUUGGCUUUAUAAAGCAGCGAUGUCUCAUGGCAGAUCAGCGGCCAGCCCUGAAAGUCGGAGCGGCGAGAAAAGUACGCGGUGCUCUUUGUUACUGUAAAACUGGUUCCACCUCCGCGACGUCGUUAACAUGAGAAAGAAACUUCUUCACUGACCGCCGGGAAGUGAAAUUUUGGCGAAGGGUCAGUUGUGCCGUUCCCUUCCUGGAACUUCAGCCAGUCCAGCAGCCGUUCAGCUCCGACCACACCCUCCCUGCUUCCUCAUACUGCAGCGGGAGCGCGCAGCACGACUUUGAAUCCCCGGGAAUAACGGCCCUUUCCUCGGCUACCUUUGGGAUUUCAUGUUCGGGGAACUAGACGAAACAUGUGAGUUGACUGUCCAAAGACUUUUGAGCGGUUAUGGCGCUGAAAAGCAAGUGUCAGCAGGGGCUAUGCGGGGCUUCACAUUCUCUGGUCCCGUGUCAAGACGCCUAGAGGAAGAGGAGGAGGAGGAGGAGGGCGGACAGAAGGACGAUGCAUAUGGAGUCCAAGCGACUGCAGCAUUCGCUAGCUUCCAACCCGGGGCUGUGUUUGAAAAAGAAGAGGUUAAAAGUGGAUGGAGGAGUUUGUGCUGUUGGAAAGUCGGGCUCCCGGUCUUUAACUCUGGGGGACUCAUGAAACGAUGGUGCUGAAGGGAAACACGGGUGGUGCCCCGUUUGUACCCAGCAUGAGAAUACCAGGCCGGUCAAAGUCAUUGGAAGCAAGUCGGACAAGACGUCGGUGCUUUUUCAGGCUGCUUACCCUGUCAAGAGUGGACCUAAAAUGACAUCCUAUUUAUUAAUGUAAAGAAAAAAAAGAGCGAAGAAUCGAUCAAGCUAAUGUUGAGGGAUGUUUUUCUCUGCUAAAAAAAGACCCAAAGAAAAGACAUCUAGUGUUAAAUAGCAGGAAAGGAUCAGCAGAUGUCAUAAAUCAGGAAUGUGAUCUCCUUUAUGAAAAGAAAUGCAGCUUUUGACUUUGAACAGCUCUCAGUCUGCACUUUGCCUGUUUGGAGGCACCCUGGCACUGCAUUUGGUGUGAUUUCUUCUUAAAGUUCACAGCCUGUGAAGUUUUUUUCUGUUUGACCAAAACUGGGACUGGGAUUAGAUUAACCACAUCUGUAUUUUGCUGGCAUUUAUGUUCAUCUAAAGAGAUAAGAGCAUUUUAUACUGAUAAUUUUAACCCUUGUGCUGCCCUUCAGGGUCAAAAAGACCCAGUCAGUAUACCCUCGCCCUAUUGGGGUGAAUUUAGCCUCCAGUCAGCGUGGACUAAGAUAACCCAUGACUCCUGAUUGUUUUACCCCGCCUGGGUCGAAUAGACCCCAGUCAAGUAUGGAUUUGAGAAUCGUAAACUCGCGCCCCUGCCCUCGGCAGGGUCAAAUAUACCCCACCGUGGUGUACAUAGCCUUUUUUUUUUUUUUUUCAUUUAUUUAUUUAUUUAUUUAUUUUUACUCAUUUGAACUCAUGACUCCUGACGUUCCAGCGCGCAUCUCAAACAGCAUAAACCCCUGGACCCGAUUCUCGCUCAUCCAGUCAAGUAUCCUGUGGUGGUGGCGGCGUUGAGGACCCCCUGUAUUUUACAGCGUGAGGACUGUAAAAAAAAAAAACAUAAAGCUCUAGGUUUUACUUUCAAGGCUACACUACAUAUAGAGACUAAGAAAACUUGGAAACUUGGAGGACUGGAAAAAAAAUAAAUAAAUAAAAUAAUUUUUAGGAAAGGAUGUCGGUAUCAACAAAAGUUCCAUCUCAAGAGUUGAGUAGAAUAGAGUGAAAACUGUAUUCAUCACGGCAGGGAAACUUAGAGAGUGUCAGAGAGCUUGCAAAUACAGAUAACAACAGCCGCACUACCUAAUUCAUAUAAAUGAGCACAACCUAUCACAAAAUAAAGGCAGUACAGUGAAAAGGCAAGGGGAAUUUGUUUUUACACACGCUUUUGUCUCAGAGAGUUUCACAUAGCAUUAUAAUGCCAACAUCAUCUGCCCUUAGACCCUCACGUCAACUGAGGAAAAAUGGAGAAAUAAGACAAAAAAAAAUUGGAGAAACCUCAGGGUGAGCAACACAGGAGAGAUCCCCUCACCCAGGACGGGGCAGACCUGCAACAGAGGUUCUAUACAGACAAAAACAAACAAACAAAAAAAAACGGGUUUACUACACAUAAUGUGCCGAACACGACAUUCCAUUGUUGCCUAACAGGAAAACAGAAAAGUUUUCUCAAAAGUGUUGAACACCGACAAAAAGGACCGUAGAGGAGAGACUACAGUACAGUAAGUAUUCUAUAUGUAUCUAUCUAUCUAUCUAUCUAUCUAUCUAUGUAAAGACAUGAAUAUAUUUGCAUUUUUCGUGACUCGUGCGCCCUGAGAGUGGCAGCAAGUCACAGCAGCUCCUCACAGAGUUCGCGUUUUUGCCUUCUUAUUGUUGUUUUUUUGCACCUCAUUUAUACCCUUAUUGUUAUAACUGCAUGUUUGCACUUUUUGUCUUGUCUGUGAUGCUGCUGUGACAAAAAAAAUUUCCCCAUGGGGGGAUCAAUAAAGGAAUAUUCUAUUCUAUUCUAUUUGUGUUUGUUCAUCUUCUCACUCUGUGUGCUUUUAAAGCAAGGGAAUGGCUGUGAUAGCUCCAACAAAACAAUGUGAACGCGUAGUAGUGUAGGGUAUUGUGAAUUCCUAGAACGACAAAAUCUGUUCGGAUUUUGGACAAAACCUGUUCGGAUUUUAGAUCAACUCAGAAAUCCAGUCAAACAAUAAAGUUUCUCUCUCUCUCUCUCUCUCUCUCUCUCUCUCUCUCCCUCCCCCCUCUCUCAACAUGCGGUAACUGGCUCUCUCUUUCCCUUCACAGUCGCGCUGCAUUUCACAGGGCCGCUUCAUUCCGUUAUUGCCUAGGAGGACAGAAAACAGAAAAGUUUUUCUCAAAAGUGUUGCAGACCGACAACCGGGACCGUAGAGGACAGACCAGAGAACAGUAAGUGUUCUAUAUCUAUCUGUCCCCCGCUCCAGGAUUCGACCUCUGACGCGCCGCACGUCGACGGAGAGGAGCAGGAAAGUGCGCUCUACCCCCCCCCUUCCCCGGGGGGGUCCGGCCCAGCGCCCUCUGCACGACCGGCCAUCCCGCGGGGGACGGUCACGUCGUCUCUCAGCCUACGCGUCCGUUCUUCUCGUCAGCUGAGCCGGCGACGGCAUGGGGACGGAAAGGACGGACCCGUGGUUCUGAGACGACGCGUCCCCCGCUCCAGGAUUCGGCCUCUGACGCGCCGCACGUCGACGGAGAGGAGCAGGAAAGUGCGCCUCCGCGGCUACGGUCCAAGACCGUCCCGAGGAGGGGAAAGCGCCGAAGGCGAGUUUGGAAAAAGGGAAAAACGCGGGACGGAGGAUUCGUCUGCGAGUCGACGUGCUGAGAAACCCCCGACGCUCUCCUGUUCCCGUUCCGGCCGGCUACCGCCGCGAAGACGUUUUCGACGAGGGAGAAAAGGGCGCGCGACUGCGGCCGAACGUGUGGCGCGCGGAUGGAGACGGAUGGAGGACGCCUGGGCUUUAGAGGUAAGAUGUGUGUGACCUGUGCGCGUGUGUUUUCUACACUGCCUGUGUAUUCUACACUGCCUGUGUAUUCUUUUUUUGUUUGUUUGUUUGUCCCCGCUCCUCGUGUUCGGCCUCUGACCCGCCGCGAGUCGACGGAGAGGAGCAGGAAAGUGCGCUCUCCCCCUUCCCCGGGGGCGUCCGGCCUCCGAGGGCGGCCUCCGCGGCUACGGUCCAAGACCGUCCCGAGGAGGGGAAAACGCCGAAGGUGAGUUUGAAAAACGGAAAAACGCGGGACGGAGGAUUCGUCUGCGAAUCGACAAGUGCUUUACAAAUACAUUUUUUUUUUAAAAGCACGCCUGUCCAAGGCUCGGUGAGGUUUAGGGAAGAGGACAACGCCUGGGCUCCAGAGGCACGAGUCGGCAUCCCACAUGAAGUCAAAAAAGUCUCUAUCACUCUGUCAGUUGUAAAACACCAAAGUGCAGUUGUAUAGUCGCGGAACAGUGCAGCGUGUGUACGCGCCCAAGAAAAACAGUGCAGCGUGUGUCUGAAUAGAUCAAGUUUAUAGCAAGUUUAGUCACAUCUCCGUAAAACCGUACUACACCUGCAUAAAACCUGUACUACUACCGAUCCUCCGAGUCGUUCGUAGCGCCGCGUCUAGAUCUAGAACUCGCGGUGAGGGCGAGGGCGAGGACGCCGCCGGAGCGGCGUCGGGAGCGGACGGCCCGACCGGGGCGAGGAAGAGGAAGAGGUGUCAGUUUUGCCCGCGGGCGAAGGACAACAAAACUUCUACCGUGUGCAGCGGGUGUAAGAAAUAUAUCUGCAAAAGUUGUUCGCUCCCGUACUGCGCUGAGUGUGCCGCUGAGAAUUUGGAGACGGGUUGAUCGCCGACACACGCACACACACACACGCACACACACACACGCACGCACGCACGCACACACCAUGUGUGACCCCUCGAGACGUGGGAUGCGGUCGGUUGAACUGUCCGCAACCGGGGUGACUAGUUUUAGAGGCAGAGAGGCAGCCUGGCAGGACCGCAUCAGAAGAGGAAAUACUUACGACUUUCCAAAGAUGAAAAUGUCACGGGAACUGCCGAAAAGACACGAGAGCAUGAUGAACAGCGAGGACCCGGACAUUGAGGUUGUUGGUGGCGACGUGGGUAAAAAGCUACACUUUAACCCCGUUAGAGCGGCAGUGGCAUUACAGCUUUGCAGAAAGCUCAAGGUAGACUGUAGAAAGAGGUAUAGCAAAUUCACGGAUGUCUGUGAAUUAGGAGCUCCUUGUAAGAACGUGAAGAUUAAAAGCGACGGGAAUUGCUUCUUUAGGGCAGUCAGUGUAGCCGUGAGCGGUACCGAACGCCAUCACGGAAGAAUAAGAGAAGCCGUGGUGAAUCACUUGCAAAGCAAUGAAGCUGCGUACGCCAACAUUCUGAGAAGGGGUUACCUUUCGGUGUCGGACUACGUCGACGCAUCUGAAAUCGGCUCUCUAGGAAGUUGGGCGACAGAGGUUGAGAUUCAAGCGACGGCGGAUUAUUUGGGCGUCGACGUAUUCACGUAUUACACCGACCGUUGGCUUCGGUACAGUUGCGACAGCGUUCGGGUCUCUAAACAGGGGAUUUAUUUAGCGAAUAGCGGCAGCCAUUACGAGACCGUCGUUUGUGUCACAAGUCCUCCGAAGCGGUCUUGUCGCGGCUACUGCAAACUAGGCGUAGUUGCGUCAGACACGUAUGAUUGUCUGACCUCAAAUUCUGCCUACGCCGAUUCUGCAUCUCGAUCCGAGAUUGCUUCGCCGUCGCCGACAUCGAUUCGUCCGGAUAACACGGUGUCUGUGAAUGACGUCGACUACUGCGAAAAGGCGAGCGAUGAGCGCGAGGAGGGGUCCCGCCGCUCUGACGAGCGUCGAGCUGCGAGGGAUUUUUACCGAGAUGCCGACAGUCCUCGGAGCCGCUACGAGUAUGACGAUUACCGCAGUGACGCCGCCGAGCUAGACGUCGGAGGACGCUUCGGCGAAGAUGAGGCCUGGGAGAAUAAUCCUGACGAAGAGCGUGACCGCUAUGGAUGGCUAUCAAGGAGACGUGUAGAAAAUUAUAUUAUCGUUGAAAAUAUGGAGCAUCGUCCCUACGGCGAUAGCCUUGUAACUCCGGGCGACGCGGAGGAUACCGCCGAAGCUGAUUUACCGCGUAACAGCGUUGCGGAUUGGCGUGAACUUUUCGACCGCUCUGAUGAGCGUCGAACUCCGAGGGACUGGGAGGGCACGAGUGACCGCGAUGCCGACUUUUACCGAGAUUCUAACAGUCCUUGGAGUCACCGUGAGUAUGACGAUUACCGCAGUGACGCUGCGGAGCUAGAAGUCGAAGGGCGCUUCGGUGAAGAUGAGGCCUGGAGGAAUACUCCCGACGUAGAGGGCACGAGUGACCGCGAUGCCGACUUUUACCGAGAUUCUAACGGUCCUCGGAGCCGCCGUGAGUAUGACGAUUACCGCAGUGACGCUGCGGAGCUAGAAGUCGAAGGGCGCUUCGGUGAAGAUGAGCCCUGGAGGAACACUCCCGACGUAGAGGGCACGAGUGACCGCGAUGCCGACUUUUACCGAGAUUCUGACGGUCCUCGGAGCCGCCGUCAGUACGACGAUUACCGCAGUGACGCUGCGGAGCUGGAAGUCGAAGGACGCUUCGGUGAAGAUGAGGCCUGGAGGAACACUCCCGACGUAGAGGGCACGAGUGACCGCGAUGCCGACUUUUACCGAGAUUCUGACGGUCCUCGGAGCCGCCGUCAGUACAACGAUUACCGCAGUGACGCUGCGGAGCUAGAAGUCGAAGGACGCUUCGGUGAAGAUGAGGCCUGGAGGAACGCUCCCGACGAAGAGUACGAUCGUCGCGGCCUGCUAUCGGAAAGACACGUAGAAGGUGACGUUGUUGAAGACGAGGAGUGUUAUCCCUACGGCGAUAGCCUCGGAACUCCAGGUGACGCGGAAGAUACCGGUGAAGCUGAUUUGCCACGUGACGGCUUUAUGGAUCGGUCCGAACUUUUAAACGAUGAGAUCUGUAUCGCGCUGUGGGAUUGCGAGGAAGAAGUUCGAGAGGAGUUUGGCUCGAAUGACCGCUACGCAGCUACCUGCCGCUGGACCGAAUUGGAGGAAUCGUGGAAAUCGUUUGUCGGUUGGCUGGGUGAGCGCUGGUGGGGCUCGGUGUCGGAAGAGUCCGUCAGGACCUUCAUGGAUUCAUCCGAGAGACGUCGCGUCGGGGAUAUCGUCGUCUCGGCGUGCUUCGGUGACACGCCCGGGGGAGUUUGUUCUUUCACAGUGAAGACCGAAAGCGGCCUGCUGUCACUUCCUUUGCUUAUCCGUCGAAGACGCUACGUGUGCGCCGACUUGGCGGAAGGUGAUUUUUCGUGUCCGAUCGACAUGUUGAGAAAGCUGGCCCGUGAAACCUACACACACUUGCUCCCCCGACCCACAACGAUACCUUCCGAUCCCCAGAGCUUUUCUCUUACACGGGUAGUGGAUGAUAUGUGGAGCGUUUUAGAAUUGGUGAAAAGCGGAUGGAGUGACGUUUCCCGACCCCAUCGCAUAAUACAGUAUCUACAAAACAAGGAAGGACCCUCUGUUACGCCAGCGGCGUUAAUUUGCUGCGUAGAUGAUGACAGUCCGGGAUACCUGUUUGAGAUUAUAGACGCCAAGGGGAAGAGUCUGAAAGUAACAUUUGAUAAAUGGGGCUUCACGUUUGGAUCGGGUCUACAUUUCUCCGGACUCACAAGUCUGCUGUCACAUAUCUGUGAGGUCGAUGGAGUACACUUUGUGAUUAACUGUAGAUUCUUGCUCACUGCGAGCGAACCGGAGCGUCCGAUGUAAGACGUGUGUGUGUGUGUGUGUGUGUGUGGGGGGGGGGGGGGGUGUAAAGAGUUUGCGAACUUGUUUUUUUUUCCUUCAAGUGUUUGUAUGAGCAUGCUUCUAUAGAAAGAUUUAGGAAGAACUGCCGCUGAAAUGUGCCUAAAAAUGCAUAAUUAUUAUUAUUAUUAUUAUUAUUAUUAUUAUUAUUAUUAUCAUUAUUAUUAAAAUGUGAAUUCGUGCUGUAGCUUAUGCUUGCUUACAUAUUCUCGCUUGCUCAAUAAAGAUGCGAAAGCUGGCAAUUUUGCUUCAGAUGAUGACUUUAUUUGCGCGCAUCACACCAUAGAUUACAACACAACAUUGUUUUAUGGCUAAAAGUCAUAAUAGUAGCUAUACCAAUCCUCAAAGGACAUCUCGUCAUUCAUCAUUAAAAUUCAACUUUGUCCUUCUGAUCAAAACAUCAUUGCUCAACAGUGUGGUAUCGGCUAGAGAUAUCAGGUCAUCUCUCGCCUCCCCUCCGUCUGCUCAUUAUUAUUAUUAUUAUUAUUAUUAUUAUUAUUAUUAUUAAUAAUAAUUUGUUAAUUUUAUUAUUAUUAUUAUUAUUAUUAUUAUCAUUAUUAUCAUUAUUAUUAUUACUAUAUGUGUGUGAGUAUACACUCACCGGCCACUUUAUUAGGUACACCUGUCCAACUGCUCGUUAACACUUAAUUUCUAAUCAGCCAAUCACAUGGCGGCAACUUAGUGCAUUUAGGCAUGUAGACAUGGUCAAGACAAUCUCCUGCAGUUCAAACCGAGCAUCAGUAUGGGGAAGAAAGGUGAUUUGAGUGACUUUGAACGUGGCAUGGUUGUUGGUGCCAGAAGGGCUGGUCUGAGUAUUUCAGAAACUGCUGAUCUACUGGGAUUUUCACGCACAACCAUCUCUAGGGUUUACAGAGAAUGGUCCGAAAAAGAAAAAAUAUCCAGUGAGCGGCAGUUCUGUGGGCGGAAAUGCCUUGUUGAUGCCAGAGGUCAGAGGAGAAUGGCCAGACUGGUUCGAGCUGAUAGAAAGGCAACAGUGACUCAAAUAACCACCCGUUACAACCAAGGUAGGCAGAAGAGCAUCUCUGAACGCACAGUACGUCGAACUUUGAGGCAGAUGGGCUACAGCAGCAGAAGACCACGCCGGGUGCCACUCCUUUCAGCUAAGAACAGGAAACUGAGGCUACAAUUUGCACAAGCUCAUCGAAAUUGGACAAUAGAAGAUUGGAAAAACGUUGCCUGGUCUGAUGAGUCUCGAUUUCUGCUGCGACAUUCGGAUGGUAGGGUCAGAAUUUGGCGUCAACAACAUGAAAGCAUGGAUCCAUCCUGCCUUGUAUCAACGGUUCAGGCUGGUGGUGGUGGUGUCAUGGUGUGGGGAAAAUUUUUUUGCCACUCUUUGGGCCCCUUGGUACCAAUUGAGCAUCGUUGCAACGCCACAGCCUACCUGAGUAUUGUUGCUGACCAUUUCCAUCCCUUUAUGACCACAAUGUACCCAACUUCUGAUGGCUACUUUCAGCAGGAUAAUGCGCCAUGUCAUAAAGCUGGAAUCAUCUCAGACUGGUUUCUUGAACAUGACAAAGAGUUCACUGUACUCAAAUGGCCUCCACAGUCACCAGAUCUCAAUCCAAUAGAGCAUCUUUGGGAUGUGGUGGAACGGGAGAUUCGCAUCAUGGAUGUGCAGCCGACAAAUCUGCGGCAACUGUGUGAUGCCAUCAUGUCAAUAUGGACCAAGCUCUCUGAGGAAUGCUUCCAGCACCUUGUUGAAUCUAUGCCACGAAGAAUUGAGGCAGUUCUGAAGGCAAAAGGGGGUCCAACCCGUUACUAGCAUGGUGUACCUAAUAAAGUGGCCGGUGAGUGUAUAUUUCCACAUUGGUGUGACCCCUAAGACGUGGGAUGCAGGUUUUUUUUUUUUUACUGUGUGAGGACUACAGGACUCAAAGACCCCAGUCAUCACUGGGUCAAAAAGACCCCAGUCAGUACCCCAGUCAGUGUGACCCCUGAGACGUGGGAUGCAGGUUUAUUUUUUUAUUUAUUUUUAUUUUUAUUUUUUUUUUACUGUGUGAGGACUACAGGACCUUUCACUGGGUCAAAAAGACCCCAGUCAGUGCGGACUGGGACAGUGUGACCCUUGAGACAUGGGAUGUAGGUCUUAACUUGAGGACAACAGGAGGGUUAA